CGUCUUGGUUUCAGUCUCGGGGAUUAUGACUUGAAACAGUUUGAAAAUAGAUAUUUUUUAAAAGAACAUACAUAUAUCUAUAUCUAAACGCACCACACGGUACAGAUAUAUGUAUACGUUCGCAGCCAUUUCGUUCGCUUAGAGCCCCGCACACACGCAAAUAUAUAUAGAACGUCGAAAGGAUAUCGCAAUUUCGACAAUUUAAAGAAGCGACCAAAGAGAGAUAAAUAUAUAUAGAAGUAUAUCAAGUGAAGAAGCAAAUCAAAGAAAGAGUGAUCGCGAGGUGUUCAAUUCUACAGUGCAGUUCAUUCUGCCACGAUUUGGUUGUCAUUUUAAAUGAUAUAUAGUGAUAUAUAACGCAGCAAAAUGCAACGACAAAAUCCGAACCCGUACCAGCAGCAAAACCAGCAGCACCAGCAGGUGCAGCAGUUCUCCAGCCAGGAGUACUCGCACUCCAGCCAGGAGCAGCACCAGGAGCAAAGGAUUAGCCGCACCGAGCAGCACGUCCAGCGCAGCCAGGUCACCACCCAGCGGCAAGUGCAACAACUUCAUGGUGGCAGCAUCGGAGGCGCCUACGUGCCCCCUUCGCUGACACACGUGUACGCCCAGGGCGACAUCUCGCCGCCCGUCUUCGAGCAGAUCUUCAAGAACGCUCGCUUCGCCCAGGGCGGCAAUGCCCUGUUUGAGGGACGCCUGCGUGGCAACCCGAAGCCAUUCGUGACCUGGACCCGGAAAGGCGCACCCCUUCUCGAGUCGCAGAAGUUCCGGAUGAGCUACAACGAGGCCACCGGCGAUGUGUCCCUGCUGAUCAAUCAGAUCGGACCCGGGGACGAGGGCGAGUACACGUGCACUGCCCGCAAUCAGUAUGGCGAGGCCAUCUGCAGCGUCUACAUCCAGCCGGAGGGAGCACCGAUGCCCACCCUGCAGCCCAUCCAGAAUCUGGAGAAGAACAUCUACUCGAACGGUUACUCGUACACCUCCAUUGAGGAGGAGUUCCGUGUGGACACGUUCGAGUACAGGCUGUUACGCGAGGUUUCCUUCCGUGAGGCCAUCACCCGUCGAUCUGGCUACGAGCAGGACUCCCAGCUCUCCCAGGAGCUGGACCGCAACCAGGGUCCUGCGCAGGCGCCGCAAAUCUCGCAGAAGCCGCGUAGCUCCAAGCUGAUCGAGGGAUCCGAUGCCGUGUUCACCGCACGCGUAGGAUCUAACCCCAAGCCCCGGCUCACCUGGUUCCAUAAUGGCCAGCGAUUGGUGGCCUCGCAGAAGUACGAGAUCUCCUAUUCGAGUGGAGUGGCUACACUUCGCGUGAAGAACGCCACGGCUCGCGAUGGCGGUCAUUACACCCUGCUCGCUGAGAAUCUGCAGGGCUGCGUGGUUUCAUCCGCCGUGUUGGCCGUGGAACCCGCUGCGGAAACCGCCUACGAACCGAAGCCCGUGGACGUAAUGGCCGAGCAAUUGGAGGCCGGCAAAGCAUUGCCGCCAGCCUUUGUGAAGGCUUUCGGAGAUCGCGAGAUUACCGAGGGUCGCAUGACCAGGUUUGAUUGCCGCGUUACUGGCAAUCCUUACCCCGAGGUCUUUUGGCUUAUCAACGGCCGGCAAGUGCGCGACGAUGCCUCGCACAAGAUUCUAGUCAACGAAUCGGGCAGCCACUCCCUGAUGAUCACCAAUGUGACGCGUUUGGAUGCCGGAGCUGUCCAAUGUCUGGCCCGCAACAAGGCCGGUGAAGUGGCCAUCGAGGCACAGUUGAACGUGUUGGAAAAGGAACAAGUUGUCGCACCACAAUUUGUCCAACGUUUCAGUACCAUGACUGUGCGCGAAGGCGAGCCGAUCACCAUGAGUGCCAAUGCCAUUGGAACUCCGCAGCCACGUAUCACCUGGCAGAAGGACGGCGUCCAGAUCUCGUCCACCGCCGACCGCUUUGUGGGCAUCGACGGAGGAGCCACCUGCCUGGAGAUACCACGCGUCACUGCCAACGACGCUGGAUGGUACCAGUGCACCGCCCAGAACAUCGCUGGAUCCACGGCCAAUAGGGCCAGGCUGUAUGUCGAGGUUUCCAGGGAACAACCAAGUUACGAGCAGCGUCGUCUCAAUCUCCCGAGACCAACGAAAGUCAUCGAGCCAGAACCCAUUCCUGGCCCUGAAAUCAUCUACCUUCGCCAUGUGGAGCGCGCCAAGCCCCACCUGCGCCCUGGUGAGGAGGAUCGCGUCUAUCCGCCGCCUCAGUUCAUCAUCCCGCUGCAGAAUGUGCAGCAGACCGAAGGUGGCCGUGUUCACAUGGAGGCCCGCAUUGAACCAGUUGGCGAUCCCACCAUGGUCGUCGAGUGGUACCUCAAUGGCCGUCCGCUGGCAGCCAGUGCCCGCGCCACAUCCGUUUUCAAGUUCGGCUUUAUCGCUCUGGAUCUCCUGAGCAUUAUGGGUCACGACUCCGGCGAAUACAUGUGCCGCGUGACCAACGCCAGCGGAGUGGCUGAGUCCCGCGCUAUUCUGUCCGUGGUGCAGCGCCCCUCCAUUGAACAAUCUUCGCAGAACCCCAACAGUCUGCAAUACAUCAACCAGUUGGAGGACUACUCUCGCUACCAGCGCACAGAGAGCAUCGAUGAGCAGCUCAACCAGGCGCCUCAGUUUAUCCGCCCACUCCGCGAUCUCGGCGAAUUCGAGGAGGGCAAGAACGUCCACUUUGAGGCUCAGGUUACACCUGUGAAUGAUCCAUCCAUGAGAGUGGAAUGGUACAAGGACGGACUACCCAUCACGGCUAGCUCCCGCAUCACUGCCAUCUUCAACUUCGGCUAUGUCUCCCUGAACAUCUUGCACCUGAGAGCCGAAGAUGCUGGCACUUACACUGUGCGUGCAGUGAACCGCAUUGGAGAAGCCAUCAGUCAGUCCUCAAUUCGUGUCCACUCUCGUUCCCAAGUUACUGCUGAUCUGGGUAUACCCGAACAGCAGCGAUACAUCGAAAAGGUGGAGGAACUGGAGGAUUACCGAAAGUCCCAGCAGCGUCGUCAUGUCCAAGAGGCUGCCGAGGCUAUUGCCCCGCCCCAAUUCAAGACACCGAUCCAGAACCAGUUGGAUCUGCGCGAGCACGCGCAUGCGCACUUCGAGGCAAGACUUGAACCCGUUGGAGAUUCAACCAUGCGCGUCGAGUGGCUGAAGGAUGGACAGCCUCUGGAAGCCAGUUCCAGGAUCACCACCUACCAUAACUUUGGCUACGUGGCGCUGACCAUCAAGCAGCUGACCAUCUAUGACGCCGGCACCUACACCUGCCGCGCCUACAAUGCGAUGGGUCAGGAUACCACCGUGGCUCAACUUACGGUUAUCUCCAAGAACGAAAUCGUUUCGGAGUCGCAGCACCCAGGUGGUCUGCAGAAGAUCCAGCAUCUCGAGGACUCGUCGCGCUACGGACGUCGCGAGGAGGAGGAGACCUACAUCACCCAGGCUCCCCGUUUCCUCGGCCCCCUCAAGGGAACAACCAAAAUCCUCGAGGGCCAGCGCGCUCACUUUGAGGCCCGUGUUGAGCCCCAGAGCGAUUUGGGUCUGGUGAUCGAGUGGUACCACAACGGUCGCUCCAUCACAGCCGCUAAUCGCAUCCAGACAUACUACGAUUUCGGUUAUGUCGCCCUGGAUAUUUCCCAGGUGCGCGCUGAAGAUGCUGGUGUCUACCUCGUGGUGGCUAGGAACAAGCUAGGUGAAGCUCAGCAGCAAGCAACGAUGAUAGUGGAAACUCGUUCCAGUAUCGACACAUCUAGCAUGCACCGCGGCCUGUACGAGAAGACUCAAAACUUGGAAAACAAGCCGUUCGUGGAGCCUCAGUAUGACAUCGAAGAGAUCUCGAAGUCCAAGCCGGUGUUUGUGACACCACUAAGUGAUCCAAAGCCUAUCCACGAUGGCAAGAACAUCCAUCUGGAGUGCCGCCUUGAACCGAUGGGCGAUCCCACCAUGCGCGUCGAGUGGUUCCACAACGGUCGCCCCGUUACUGUGGGUUCCCGAUUCCGCACUUACUACGACUUCGGUUUCGUAGCUUUGGAUAUUAUCAAGGCCACGGCCGCCGAUUCUGGCGAAUACACUGUGAGGGCCACCAACCAUUUGGGAACUGCCCACACUUCAGCCUGCGUGCGUGUGAUCGACCACACGGACGUUGUAACUGAGACUCAGAACGAACAAUCGCUGGAGCAGAUCCAAUUGCUCGAGGACUCUAGGCGCCGCCAUCACCAGGAGGAGGAUAUCACCAUCAUGCAAGCGCCCCAGUUUACCAGAGGCCUGCACAACAUCGAAACUAUUGAGGGUACCAACGUGCACUUGGAGUGCCGCCUGCAGCCCGUGGGAGAUCCUAGUAUGCGCAUCGAGUGGUUCGUAAAUGGAAAGCCUGUUAAGACAGGACAUCGAUUCCGUCCAGCGUACGAAUUCGAUUAUGUGGCUUUGGACCUGCUUGGCUGCUACGCCAUCGACUCUGGCGUGUACACCUGCCAGGCCAGGAACCAAUUGGGUGAAGCCGUAACCUCCUGUUCCGUGCGAAUUAUCGCUAAGAAUGAUUUAAUUUUGGAGACCCAAAAUGAGUCGGGUCUUCAGAAGAUCCAAUACUUGGAGGACUCUACCCGCCAUCGCCGCAGCGAGUUCGUCGACGAGGUUGUGAACAUUCGUCCACGAUUCCUCACCCAUCCCAAAAGCUUGAUCAACACCCGAGAGGGUGGUCACGCUCACUUCGAGUGCAAGAUCGAGCCGGUGACUGACCCGAACCUCAAGGUGGAGUGGUUUAAGAACGGACGUCCCAUCACCGUGGGUCACCGCUUCCGUCCUAUUCAUGACUUCGGUUAUGUUGCCUUGGACAUUGUCCAUUUGAUUGCGGAGGACUCGGGUGUCUACACUUGCAGGGCCGUUAACCUGAUUGGCUCUGACGAAACCCAAGUGGAGCUGCAGUGCCGCAGUGGUGAGCAGAUUGUUACUGUCACCCAGAACGAGGCCGGUCUUGAGCAGAUCCAUUACCUAGAGGAUCGUUCGCGGUAUACCCGACGGGAGGAAAUCGAUGAAAGCACCAAGCAGGCUCCGGUGUUCACUACAUCGCUGAAAAAUGUUGAGAUCAAGGAGAACCAGAGGGCCCACUUUGAAUGCCGUCUGAUUCCUGUUUCUGAUCCGUCAAUGCGCGUGGAAUGGUACCAUAACAAUCUUCCACUUAAAUCUGGUUCCCGAUUCACUGAGACCAAUAACUUCGGCUUUGUGGCCUUGGAUAUUAUGUCCACUCUGCCCGAAGAUGCCGGCACUUAUACAUGCCGCGCAUAUAACGCUGUGGGUGAGGCCAUUACCUCUGCUGUAGCUGUUGUGCACACUAAGAAGUCCAUCUACCUGGAGUCCCAGCACGAAACAGCUCUGCCACGUCUGCAGCAUUUGGAGGAUGGCUCCAAGCGCCAGCGCAUCAGCGUCCAGGACGAAUUCGUCUCCCAGGCACCUGUCUUCACCAUGCCUGUAAGGGAUGUGCGCGUGGCUGAGAACCAGGCGGUGCACUUUGAGGCUCGCUUGAUUCCAGUGGGAGAUCCGAAAUUAAAGGUUGAGUGGUUGCGCAACGGUCAACCUAUUGAAGCAUCCAACCGCACUACCACCAUGCAUGAUUUUGGUUAUGUGGCUCUCAACAUGAAGUAUGUGAAUCCCGAAGACUCUGGAACCUACACCUGCCGGGCCGUCAACGAGCUGGGUCAGGCGGUUACCUCCGCCUCGCUCAUUGUGCAAUCUAAGACCUCCAUUCAACUGGAGACCCAGCACGAAGCCGCCAUGCACAAGAUCCACCAGCUGGAGGAUCACAGCAGGUACCAACGCAGGGAGGAGGAGGAGUACACGGUGACCACCGCCCCGGUAUUUGUUACCAAGCUUAUUGGACCCAGCAACCUAGUUGAGGGUCAAAGUGCCCACUACGAGUGCCGCAUUGAACCCUACCCGGAUCCCAACCUAAAGGUGGAGUGGUUCCACAAUGGAAAGCCACUGAGCACUGGUCAUCGUUUCCGCACCACGUACGAUUUCGGAUUUGCCGCCUUAGAUAUUCUCACUGUCUAUGCUGAGGACAGCGGCGAGUACACUUGCCGAGUCACCAACAACCUGGGUGAAGCCAUCAACUCGAUCGUGCUCAACGUCACCUCACGCUCAUCCAUCAUUCACGAGACUCAGCACGAGGAGGCUCUGACUAAGAUCCAGCAUCUGGAAGAUAGUUCCCGAUUCCAGAGGAAAACCGACGAGGAGCAGUUCCAUGCCGAACGUCCUCAGUUCGGCCGCCCUCUGCGUAAUGCCAAGGUCAACGAGGGAGCUCCCGUCCACCUGGAGGCCACAUUAAUUCCUGUGAAUGAUCCCACCAUGAAGGUGGAGUGGUACUGCAACGGUAGGCCCAUACAGACUGGUCACCGCUUCAAGACCACCUACGAUUUUGGCUUCGUGGCGUUAGAUAUUCUGUAUGCCCAUGCCGAAGACACCGGCACCUACAUGUGCAAGGCCAAGAACGCUAUUGGAGAAGCUGUCACGACUUGUGCUGUAAACGUAACAGCAAACAAGACACUCGAUCUGGACACCUUGGAUGCUCAGCGUUUGGAGAAGAUCCGCCAACUGGAAACAUAUGCGCCUCCUCCUAAGCCCGUCGUAGAGGAGAAGGGCCAGAAACCCAUUUUCCUCACACCGCUAAGCAACCUAGAACACUUGAAGGAGGGCGAGCACGCCCACUUGGAGUGCCGAGUGGAACCGAUCAACGACCCCAACCUGAAGAUUGAGUGGUUCUGCAAUGGCAAGCAGCUGCCUACCGGUCACCGUUACCGCACUACCCACGACUUUGGUUACGUCGCAUUGGACAUUCUCUACGUCUAUGGCGAGGACACCGGCACCUACAUUUGUAAGGCCACCAAUCAGCUGGGUGAGGCUGUAAACACCUGCAAUGUGCGCGUGUUGAACCGCCGCAGCAUGAUCCUGGAUACCCAGCAUCCCGAUGCUCUGGAAAAGAUUCAAAAGCUGGAGUCGAAGGUGCCGAAUGCCCGUACCGAGGUUGGAGACGCUCCGAUCAGUCCACCUCAUUUCACCGCCGAACUUCGCGGUUCCACUGAGAUCUACGAGGGUCAGACCGCUCACUUCGAGGCCCAGGUCGCUCCAGUCCACGAUCCUAACUUGCGCAUUGAGUUCUAUCACAAUGGCAAGCCUUUGCCGUCCGCUUCUCGCUUCCACAUCACCUUCGAUUUUGGAUACGUGUCCUUGGAUAUUACUCAUGCUGUGGCCGAGGACGCCGGAGAAUAUUCCGUGCGUGCUGUUAACGCUCUGGGCCAGGCUGUGUCCUCUACGAAUUUGCGCGUCAUUCCGCGUGGCACCAUCAUUUCGGACACCCAGCAUCCCGAAGGACUGGAAAAGAUCCGCAAGCUGGAAUCGACUGCGCCACAUCAGCGCCAGGAGCCUGAGACCCCCGGCACUCGCCAGCGCCCAGUGUUCACUCAACCUCUUCAGAACAUCGACAGAAUCAAUGAACACCAGACGGCUCACUUCGAGGCACGCUUGAUCCCAGUGGGAGAUCCCAAUCUGAAGGUGGAGUGGUACCGCAACGAAAAGAUCAUUGAAGAUAGCUCCCGAAUCACCAAGCAGCACGAUUUCGGUUUUGUGUCGCUGGACAUCUCGCAUAUUCGCAAGGAGGAUGAGGGCGUGUACAUGUGCCGCGCCGUCAAUCCUCUGGGUGAGGCAGUAACCACCGCCUCUAUGCGUGUGGUAUCCGAGGCCAGCAUCCAAAUGGAUACUCAGCAUCCGGACAGUAUCAGUCGCAUCCAUCAACUGGAGAAACCACUGGCCCCACGCCCCACUGAACCAGAGCGCCUGUUUGAGAAGCCCAUCUUCACUCAACUGCUCACUGGACCCUCGGAGCUGUGGGAGGGUGCUCAUGCACACUUCGAAGCUCGAGUCGUGCCUGUGGGAGAUCCUUCCCUGAAGUUUGAGUGGUUCAUCAACGGCGUGGAGCUUCAGAUGGGCUCUCGCCUGCGCACCACCCACGACUUUGGAUUCGUCACCCUGGACAUUACUGCAGUGGUACCAGAGGAUGCCGGUGUCUACAUGUGCCGUGCUUACAACGCAGCCGGUGAGGCUGUAUCUUCUACUGCCAUGAAGGUUAAGACCAAGUCGAAUAUUGAUGGUCAGCCUUUGAUCCCGGAGUCUUGGGAGGCUAUUCGAAUGAAGGAGGCUGCCAUGAAUCGUGUACCAGAGAUGUUUGUUGACUCGACACCCCAACAAGCUCCGGUCUUCACCACUCAUCUGCAGAGCUACGACAAGCUGCAUGAGGGUCAACACGUCCUCUUGGAAGCCCAAGUUGAGCCCCGCGCGGAUCCUAACCUCCGCAUUGAGUGGUUUAAGAAUGGCAUUUCUCUAACCACUGGCUCCCGAAUUCGCAGUACCUUUGACUUUGGACUUGUUACACUGUCCAUCAACGGAUUGCGUGCUGAUGACUCCGCGAUUUACACCUGCAAGGCUACCAACCAGGUUGGCGAGGCUGUCUCAACCUCGUCUCUUAAGAUCGAAGAUCGCCACUGGCUUCAGGCCGAGUCUCUGCACCCAGAUUCGUUGCCUCGCAUUGGAGAGCUUGAGGCGCCCAAAGAGGGACGACCAGAGGCUCCAGAGCCCACUUACGAGACUUCUGUGUUUAUUACUCAUCUUAACAACAUUGAGUGCAAGGAGAGCGACAAUGUGCGCUUCGAGUGCAACGUGGAACCGGCUCGUGAUCCUACCAUGUCCAUCGAGUGGUUCUACAAUGGACAACCGCUGCAGGCCGCUGCCAAAUUUAAGUCCAUCUACGACUUUGGCUACUGCGCUUUGGAUCUGACCAACUCUUAUGCUGAGAACAGCGGUGUUUACACCUGUAAGGCUACUAACAGCAAGGGAUCUGCAACCACCUCUGGCACUCUUAAGUGCACUGGUGGCAAGACCAUGUUCCUAGACACCCAGCAUCCGCAGGGAGAGGCUGGUCUUGAGGCUGUGCAGGAAACCGAGGAGGAGCUGGCCAAUCGCUACACCAGCAAAACGGCAAAGCCCGAGACACAGUAUCCACCACCAGUAUGGACGAAGCCACUGCAGGCCGAGUUCCAUUUGUCGGAGGCCCAACCCAUCCACUUGGAAGCCAACGUGGAGCCCAAGGAGGAUCCCAACCUGUUUAUAGAGUGGUACUUUAAUGGCAAAAUGCUGAACCAUGGCUCUCGUUUCAAGAUGACCAGUGAAUUUGGUUUCGUUACCAUGGAUAUGAUCGAGGUAUAUGCGCGCGAUCAGGGUAUCUACACUUGCAAGGCGUACAACAAGGCUGGAGAGGCCUUUACCUCCACCACCAUCUUCUGUUCGAGCAAGGAGAACAUCAUCGAGUCAACUCAGCACCCGAAGGGAGCUGAAGGCCUUGAGCAAAUCCAGGACCUUGAAGACUCCCUGCGCAAGGACGGCUCUAAGCCAGAACAGCCGGAUCUCGGCAUCCCACCACGCUUCACCACUGAAUUCGUUAAUAUUGCAGACAUCGGGGAGGGUGAAUUGGCUCACUUUGAGGCCAAUCUCAUCCCUGUUGGUGACCAGAGCAUGGUCAUAGAGUGGUUCUACAACGGCAAGGUUUUGGAGGCCAGCCAUCGUGUGCGUACCAUCUACGCUUUUGGCACCGUUGCCCUGGAGGUUCUUGGUACCAAGAUCGAAGACACCGGCACCUACACUUGCCGCGCGACCAACAAGCAUGGAACUGCUGAGAUAAGCUGCAACCUGGAGUGUGUGGACAAGCCGAGGGGCCAGAAGCCGCGCUUCACAUCCCACAUCCAGCCGCUGGAGGGCCUGAAGGACGGACAGUCCGCUCACUUCGAGUGCACUCUGAUCCCAGUCAACGAUCCGGAUCUGAAGGUGGAGUGGUACCACAAUGGCAAGCUGAUGCGUCACUCCAACCGCAUCAAGACGGUAUCCGAUUUUGGAUACGUUGUUUUGGAUAUUUCCUAUCUGCAGGAUCAUGACAGUGGAGAGUACGUUUGCAGAGCCUGGAACAAGUACGGUGAGGACUUUACCCGUACCACCCUCAAUUGUGGAGGCCGUGGCGGAGUGUUCUAUGAUAGCUUGCAGCCGGAUUCACUGCAGAGGAUUAGGGAGCUUGAGUGCCCACAAGGACAACAGGCAGAUACCUCGGCUCCUCUGGUUGCUGAGCCACCCAAGUUCAUCACCCAGAUCGUCGAUGUAACUAAGCUGGUGGAGGGACAGUCGGCUCAUUUCGAGGCACGUUUGACUCCAAUCACCGAUCCUGAUUUGGUGGUUGAAUGGUACUUCAACGGCAAAAAACUACCUCAUGGUCACCGCUUCCGCACCUUCCACGACUUCGGCAUUGUUAUCCUGGACAUUCUGUACUGCUACGAAGAGAACUCUGGUGUAUACGAGGCCAGGGCCCGUAACAAGUAUGGAGAGGAUGUUACUCGGGCUUCGCUCAAGUGCGCCUCGAAGUCAAGCCUCAUUUUGGACUCCCAGCUGCCUCGAGGAAUGGAAGGUGGCUUGGAGAAGAUCGCCAACCUGGAGUACAGCAUGGUCCGCACUCGCGAAGAGACCACCGAAGAGACCAAGGGCAAGGCUCCCGUCUUUACUGUACCCCUGGAAAACAUCGAAAAUCUGCGCGAGGGUGAAAAUGCCCACUUUGAAGCUAGGAUUACCCCGGCCGAUGAUCCCAAACUGAAGGUCGAGUGGUACUGGAACGGACGUCCAUUGAAGGCCGGUUCUCGUUUCCGCACUUUCUGUGACUUUGGCUUUGUCAUCCUGGAGAUUUCUCCUGUGUAUCCUGAGGACUCCGGCGAGUACUCUUGCCGCGCAAUCAACGAGUAUGGUGAGGCGGUGACCACUGCCACCAUGAAGAUCCAGGGUAAGCGCAGCAUCAUCAUGGAAUCUCAGCUGCCCAAGGGCAUGGAGGGAACUAUCGAUCGCAUCGCCGAACUGGAGGGCUUGGGCUCCCGCAGCACCGAGUUCGUACCAGAUGAUGAUACUGGCAAGCCACCAGAGUUUAUCACCUCUCCCUUCGAUAUGGUUAUCGGCGAGAACGCUCUGGCUCACUUCGAAUGCCGUCUGCAGCCGAUUAAUGACCCAUCGAUGCGUGUGGAUUGGUUCCACAAUGGCAAGGCCUUGUGGGCUGGUUCUCGUAUCAAGACCAUCAAUGAUUUUGGUUUCGUAAUCCUCGAAAUUGCUGGUUGCUAUCAGCGUGAUUCGGGAUUGUACACUUGCAAGGCCACGAACAAGCAUGGAGAGGCCACGGUCUCUUGCAAAUUGCAGGUUAAGGGUCGCCAAGGCAUCGUUAUGGAGCCCCAGUUGCCCUCCAACUUCCGCACCGGCACUGAGAGUCUGCAGAAGCUGGAGGAAACCAUGCAUAAGCGUGAGGAGCUUGUGACUGAGGACGAGCAGCCCAAUCCCCCGAAAUUCACCGAGGAAAUUAAGGACAAUUUGGAUGUUCCUGAGGGUGGUCCAAUUCACUUUGACUGCCGUGUGGAGCCUGUCGGCGAUCCAACCAUGCGCAUUGAGUGGUUCUAUAAUGGUCAUGUUAUGGCUACUGGAUCUAGGGUCCAUCAGCUCAACGACUUUGGCUUCAUUGCUUUGGAUGUGGACUACAUCUAUGCCAGGGAUUCAGGCGAGUACACUUGUCGCGCAACCAACAAGUGGGGCACUGCCACCACUAGCGCAAAGGUCACUUGCAAGGGAAAGCACAAUAUUGUGUACGAGUCGCAGUUGCCAGAGGGCAUGACCUCUGAAAAGUUGAAGGAGCUGGAGCGUGGACGCAUCCCAGAAGCUCCAAAGGUGGUUGAGGAGGUGUUUGGACCGCCAAAGUUCACCACACAGAUCACUUCUGUGACUGUCGAUGAAGCCGAGGCCGUACGCUUUGAAUGCCAGGUGGAACCCAAGACGGAUCCCAGCCUGCGCGUGGAAUGGUACCGCAAUGGCAAGCCCUUGCCUUCUGGACAUCGUUAUAGAAAUAUCUUCGAUAUGGGCUUUGUUUCCCUGGAUAUUCUGUAUGUCUAUGGAGAGGACUCUGGAGAGUACGUGUGCCGUGCCAUUAACAACCACGGCGAGGAUCGCACCAGAGCCACAGUUUCUUGCAAGAAACUCCCUACCAUCUUACUGCAGAACCAAGUUCCUCGCGGCAUGAAGCGCUCAGAUGCUCUAACCCAAAUGGAAGCUACCAUCAAGAAAUAUACAUCCGAAGUCCAUUUGACAGAGGAUGAUCUAUUCGAUCCUGAUCGCAAGCAGCCUCCUCGCUUUGUCACUCAAAUCAAGGAGCAGCUUACUCUUACCGAGAUGGCCGUCACCAAAUUCGAAUGCCAGUUGGCUCCCGUGGGAGAUCCUAACAUGAAGGUCGAGUGGUUCUUCAAUGGCAAGCCAUUGCUGCACAAGAACCGCUUCCAGCCCAUAUACGAUUUUGGUUAUGUGGCAAUGAACUUUGGCUGGGUUUAUCCCGAAGACAGCGGAGAGUACGUGUGCCGUGCCACCAACUUGUAUGGCAUGGACGAGACCCGUGCCAUCAUUAAGGUUUCUGGAAAGCCAGGAAUCGUCUAUGACUCCCAGCUGCCCGCUCACAUGCAGAGCAUUGACCGCAUCCGCGAAAUGGAAGCCUCAUGGCAGGUGGUGCCCGAUGAGGUUGAUCCCGAUGCCAAGCCCAGAACCAAGCCAGUGUUUGUGAGCAAACUGGAGCCCCAGACUGUGGAGGAGGGUGACCCAGCUAGAUUCUGUGUUCGUGUCACCGGCCACCCACGUCCGAGGGUUAUGUGGCUGAUCAACGGUCACACUGUCGUUCAUGGCUCUCGUUACAAGCUGACGAACGAUGGUAUGUUCCAUCUGGAUGUCCCGAAGACUCGUCAGUACGACACUGGCAAGGUAGAGGUGAUUGCUCGCAACUCCGUGGGCGAAUCGAUUGCCACCACUGAACUGAAGGUUGUUGCACGAUCGGAUGAUUAUCGUAACGUGCUGAAGAAUUCGCCACGUCCCUGGUAUGAUUACGAACUAGCUGCCUAUCAGAAGGAGCGCCAGGAGAACGAGUUGGAAAAGGUAUUCGAUGAGCGUAAGCAGGUCCUUUCCGAACAGAGUUCCCACACGUUGAAGGGCGUGGAGCACCUGAAGCCCAAGCAAUACAAGCCACCCACCCCGGACUGGCAGCAAAAUGUCAAGGCCAAGAAGAGCGAGGACUACUACAACAAGCUGCAGACUCUGGAAACUGAACAGCUGCUGAAGGAGACCAACCUGCGGAGGGAUACCCAUCAGUACGCCAUUCCCGGAGAGAAGGUCGUGAGCAGUUCUCAGGCCAAGGGAAUGGCCCAGUCUUACGAAGAAAAUCUUCAAGAGAAAACGAGCACCACUCAAGUACUGGCUGCUCCACCCAAGGGUACUGCCCAACCAUCCGAAUCAUCCGUCCAUGGUCGCGAAGUUCACAUGAACAAGCAGCAGCAGGUGCAGAAGGAGAUCCAGGGUGACCUUGAGAUUACCCGCAAGAUAACCGCCACCGAAACAACCGAGGUUGAGCAUAAGGGAACCAUUCAGGAACGUGUCGUUCAGGGACCCGUGAAACCGGCCAAGGCUCCGGUCUUCACCAAGAAGAUCCAGCCAUGCCGCGUCUUUGAGAACGAGCAGGCCAAAUUUGAAGUGGAAUUCGAAGGAGAGCCCAAUCCUACGGUUAAAUGGUACCGUGAGAGUUUCCCCAUCCAGAACUCUCCGGAUCUGCAGAUCCACACCUUCAGCGGCAAGUCGAUUUUGAUCAUCCGCCAAGUGUUCGUCGAGGACUCUGCAGUCUUCUCGUGUGUGGCCGAAAACCGUGGAGGAACUGCCAAGUGCAGUGCCAAUCUUGUUGUCGAGGAACGUCGUCGCGCCGGAAAGGGUGGCAUUCAGCCGCCUAGCUUCGUGACCACCAUACAGAGCACCACUGUGGCCACCGGCCAGUUGGCUCGUUUCGAUGCCAAGGUUACGGGCACUCGCCCACUGGAUGUGUACUGGCUUAAGAACGGCAUGAAGAUUCAGCCGAGCAUCAAGUUCAAGAUGCUGGAGGAGGACAGUGUUCACACUCUACUUAUCAUCGAACCGUUCGCCGAGGAUUCCGGCCGCUACGAGUGCGUGGCCGUCAAUGCCGCUGGAGAGGCUCGCUGCGAUGGUGACUGCAUCGUGCAGUCGCCCAGCAAACCGGAGAAACCAACUACUCCAGGCAGCGAAAAGGCGCCACAUAUUGUGGAGCAGCUUAAGAGCCAGUCCGUGGAGGAGGGAAGCAAGGUUAUCUUCCGCUGUCGAGUGGAUGGCAAGCCCACUCCCACUGCCCGCUGGAUGCGUGGUGAGAACUUUGUGAAGCCAUCACGCUACUUCCAGAUGAGCCGGCAAGGCGAGUACUACCAGCUGGUCAUCUCGGAGGCCUUCCCCGAGGAUGAGGGUACCUACAAGUGCGUGGCUGAGAACAAACUGGGCAGCAUUCAGACCAGUGCCCAGCUCAAGGUUCGACCAAUCGAGAACCUGGACGCCCCGCCUACUAUCACAGCCCUUAAGGAUGUCUCCGUUACCGAGGGCAUGCCCGCUCAGUUUAAGACGACGGUGACAGGCAAAGUGAAAGCCACUAGCGUCCAAUGGUUCCGCGAGGGUCAGCUGAUUCCCGAAACACCGGACUUCCAGAUGAUCUUUGAUGGCAACAGCGCUGUACUCCUGAUUGGCACCACCUACGAGGAGGAUUCGGGCAUCUUUACUGUGCGCGUAACCUCGUCCACCGGCCAGGUCGAAUCCUCAGCCAAACUGACUGUUAAAAAACGACGCAUCUCGGCCUUUCAAUUGCGAACGAUUGAUUCCGCCGAGGAUGAGUCCUCUUCCUCUGGCCGGGAGGACAGUGCCCCCGAGUCGCCACACGCUUUCCAACCUGGCCAGCAACCAGGCCAGCAGUUUGGUCAAUUCCUGGGCGUCAACGGGCAGGGUCAGCAUCAGGGAAGAUCGCGGCAAAAGAAACCCAAGGUUCGGAGCAAGUCCCUGCAGCCAGCUACAAAGGUGAUACCAUGGCGCAAGUCAUCGCGUCCCACUCGAGGUCGUUCCCUGGACAAGGGAGUCUUCCUGCCAGGCUUCAAGCCUGAACCGGUCAAGUCCUGGACUGAGGAGACUAUUAGCUUGAAGGCUACGCCGAUUGAAAAGAAAAAGCCAGCACCAAAACUUGAGGCAGCAAAGGUUGUACUGAAGUCUAUCAAGACUGAACGUGAUCAGGGCAUCAUGAGUCUAGGCGCUACCCUGGAGCAGAUCAUUGCUGGAAAAACCGAAAAGGAAGCCAUUCCUUGGAUCACUAUGCGUGAAAAACUUAAGGCAGUCGAGAGUGUUCAGCAACAGCUCAACAAAUUCGAUCUAGAUGAGGUCUAUCUGCAACCACUUGAAGGCCAAAUUGAAACUGAGGGGCAGCUGCCACAACAGGCUCAGGUGGAGCAGGUGCAGCGCACUAAGGAAAUCCAGCGCCUGAAGAGCAUGGAAAGCGUUGAGAUUAUGGAGAUGACUGACCAGAUCGAUAAGCUGAUCACCCAGCAGCAAAACGCUAAAGAUCUCAUUCCCUGGAAGGAGAUGCGUCAGCAGCUCAAGAGUGUCCAGCGUGUUACCAAGCAGAUUGACAAGUUCAAGAUUGAGGAAGUCGAGCUCCGUCACCUGCAGGCUCAACAAGCCAUCACGGAGGAGUAUCAAACUGGAACAGCCGAGGAGACUGUCGUCAUGAUUGAUGAGAGCUCCAAGGGCUCGAUCUCUAAAGUGAUUCGUAGCGAUGAUCUGCUGCAGUAUGAAGAUCAGUCCAAUAUAUAUAAGCAGAAGUUUAUCACCACUGAGGAUGUUAACAUUAUGCAUGUUUCGGAGCGCGAGAAGCUAGAAGCUCAGAGAUUGUUACGCGAGCAGCAGGCUGUAAAUUGGCGCCAGCAGCAACAGCGCCCACAGUUGCAGCCCCUGACUUCGGUUGAGGAUACAGUAAUCUCUCAGACUACUGAGAGACAGAAGUUGGUGCAACAGCAGAGCUUCAUCGAGGAGGCUCAGCGCCAGCAGUUUGUGCAGGUCGAGGACUCCCAGAUGAUGAGCCUCGAGCAGUAUGAGCAUCAAAAGAUUAUAAACCAGCGCACACAACAGGAAGCGUUUAGCUGGCGACAGCCUCGUGAGCCUCAAAAGUUUAUUCAGGUGGAAGACUCCUCGUUGCUUCACCUACAGGAACGUCAUGAUACGCAGGAACAGCAGCUGCUGCAACAAGAGCCUGUCAUGUGGGACCGUGGCAGAAAAAAGCCAGAUCAGCCACAAUAUGUGCAACCCCAGGAGCAGCGUGUUAAAGAAGAAUACGUGGAGAAGCCCAAAACGUACGAGGAAAUGCACGACGAGCUGGUUGAACCAACUCCGAUUGAACAACCUCAGCCUGUGCCAGUUAUGUGGGAGCGAGGCAAGAAGAAACCCCAGCCCCAGGAGAAGACCUUCGAAGAGGCGCACGACGAGUUGGUUGAACCCACUCCUGUCCAGCAACCGGAGCCAGUGCCUGUCAUGUGGGAACGUGGCAAGAAGAAGGUGGCUCAGCAGGAGACAGUUUUAUCCCAGGAAGUGGUGCAAACAUCACAGGUAGUCGAACAGCAGAUCGUUGAGGAAACAAAGAAAACGGCUGUUAGACGAGUGAUUCCACCAAGGGAGCCGGAGCAGAAGGUAGAGCAGGUUACCUUGAAACCAACACCUCGCCCUCGUCCUAAGGAGGCUCUAAAGGCUGAGGAGAUUCAAUUGAAACCCUUGAGGAGUACCAGACCCGUACCACAACCUGUGGAGGCGGAACAGAAAGCGUACGAAGAAGCUACCGAUGAGUUGCCCGAAGAACCACUACCUCCACUACAGGAUCAGCCGCAGCCAGUGAUGUGGGAGCGUGGCAAAAAGAAGCCGCAAAAACCCCAAGAGGAAGUGAGCGAGAUUCCGAAAACUCUUGAGAUUUCAGUCGACGCGCUUGAGGAGGAAGUGCCGAAGCCAACAGAACCACAGCCACAACCUGUUUUGUGGGCGCGUGGCCAAAAGAAGCCUCAAAAGCCUGAUGAGCAAAAACCGGAGCUUCCAAAGAGUCUGGAGAUUGCCGUCGACACUAUAGAAGAGGAUCUUAUCAAGACCGUUCAGCCUGAACCACAGCCCGUUCUUUGGGAACGCGGCAAGAAGAAGAAACCGCAACCUCAAGACGUAAUCGAAGAGAAGUUGGAUGCAGCUCCGACCAAGACAUACGAAGAAGCAGUCGAUGUUCUGCCUGAUGAACCUAAGGUUGAGGAGAAGCCAGAGCCUGUCCUAUGGCAGCGUGGUAAGAAGAAGAUUCCCAAGUCAGAGCCCACUGAAGAAGUGCAUCCCGAUGAGGUAGAUGCCCAAAUAGAGACUGUAGUUAAGGAAGAUGAAGUGAUUAUCGAAGAAAAACGCCGAAUCAAGAAAACCAAAAAGCGGACGAAAGAAGUUACCGAGGAGUUGUUUGAAGAACAGCCGGAAGAGGAAAUAUCUCCAGAAGAGGAAGUGCCGCAGAAAGAAGUUAUUGAAGAAAUUGAGGAAAUUGUUGAAGAAAAACGUAGGCUCAAGAAAACAAAGAAACCUAAGCUUACACAGCAGGUGACCGAAGAAGAAAAGCCCGAUGAAGUGGUAAUCGAAGAGUCUGAAGAAGUGGUUCAAGAACAGGAAGAGAUAGUUGAAGAAAAGAAGAAGGUUAAAAAGGUAAAGAAACCCAAGACUGUCGCGGAGAAACAGCUCGAAGAAGACGAAAUCCCAGCAGAGGAGACUGUUGAAGAGGAAGAAACUGCUGAGGACCAGCAACUAGUCGUUGAAGAGAGCAAAAAGGUUAAAAAAGUAAAGAAACCAACUCGGACAGUUGAAAAGACUGAUGUUGAGGAAUUGCCAGCAGAGGAAGUUCCAGCAGAGGAAGUUAUAGUUGAGGAAGUUCCAGAAGAGGUGGCUCCAGAAGAAGAGCCCAUCGAGGAACAGGAGGAAAUCGUUGACCAAGAUAAUAUCCAGGAAGAAAAGCGAAAGGUCAAAAAGGCAAAGAAGCCCAAGAAGACUAUAGAAAAGACCGAAAUAGAAAGAGAAGAAGACCAACCAGAAGAGGAAGUUCCACAAGAAGAAAUAAUUGAGGAGCAGGAAGAAAUAACAGAAAGGCAACGUAGAUUAAAAACUAUCAAAAAGCCCAAGAAAAUUGUAACCGAACAGACAGUGGAACAGACAGAGCAGACAGAAAAGCCGGAAGAAUCGCAAGCCGAAGAGGUGAAAGAAACUGUAACCGAAGAACCUAAAAAGGCUAAGCCUGCGCCUGAAGAGGCAAAGGUUGAGCAAAUCGAAAAGAUUUCACUGAAACCUGCGCCAAGAAAACAGCGUCUUCUGCCCGAAAAAGAACAAGUGGAGGAGGUCUUGCUUAAGCCCUUGAAAAAGAUUGCUGCUGUCUCGGAAGCGGAACAACCCGAAACACCUGAAACGGAAUUCGAGGUGAAAGAGUUCGCCAUCACCACUACAGAGGAUAUAGUGGAUGUAACAAAGAAGCGUGUUAAAAAGAAGAAGCCCAAAACAAAGGUUGCAACUGAAGAAUCCACUGAAGAACCAGCUGAAGAAACCGAAGAGUUUGAAGAAGACAAAGGCCAGCCCGAAGAAGUGCAACCAGUUGAGGAAAUUCCGGAGCAGCCACAAGUAGAGGAAGUUGCUGACGAACGUAAAACGGCACCCAAGCCAAAGCCUAGAAAGGAAGAAAUCAUCGAGAAGGUUGAAGAAGUUGCUCUUAAACGAGUAACUCGGCCGAAGAAGGAGCUACCUCAAGAGGCGACCAUCGAAGAAGUGCGUUUGAAGCCUACUCAACGCACUUCUAUCAAGCCCGCAGAAGUCAAACUAGAGGAAGUGGACUUGCAGCAUGUGGAGAAGAAAGAGGAUGAAAUCGUUCAGGAAGAGAAACGAAAGACCAGGAAGGUAAAGAAGCCAAAACACGAAGACUUGCCGGAAAUUCCCGAUGCUGAGCCAACGCAACUGGAAGAGGCUGAACACAUUGAACUGGAGAAGCAACCAAAGCCCGAAGAAGCCCAGCCCCAGGUGCCAUGGAAGAGAGGUGAGAAGAAACAGCCUGUUGAGGAAGUCUUGGAGGAAAAGAAAUGGCCAUCUGGUAAACGCCGUCCACUGCCUGAACAGCAGCCGGAAGAAGUUCAACUGAAGCCAAUUCCAUCUAAACCAAUUGAAGAACCGCAAAAGCCAGAAAAGGCCAUACCUGGCCCGCAACUUGUGCCAGAAGAAAAGCCUGAAAGCGAAGAGGAGGAACUGGAACUUGAACCUCUCAAGCUGCCCGAAGACAAGCAGCCAAAGGAGCCUAAGGCUAAGAAAGAUAAGAAGAAGAAGCCCAAGCUGAAGAAGGCCACACCAUCAGUAGAUGAGGUGUCCGAGGAAGUCGCCGAGCCCUUCGACGAGCCCAUUGCUGAGGAAGAUGAAGUGGAAGAGAUGCCAGUGGACGAUGUCAAGGUCGUGGCAGUGUCGGAAGACGUACUGCCUGAAGAGGAAGUUGUGCCCACGGAGGAGACUCCCGAGGCAAAGCAGAAGGCGCAUAAGAAGCGCACAAAGCGUCUAAAGGAGGCCUCCGUAGAAGAUCAACCUCAGCUGCUGGAAGCGGUUAUUGCUGAAAUCGAAAAGGUGGAUGAAAUAUCCCAGGAGAUCUCACAAAAGACUAUUACCCUACUUAAGAAGACUGAAGACACAAGACCUCAAUUCAUAACGACUGAACAGCUUAUCGAGCUGGAUGUGGAGGACGUCCGACGCGAUCUGGAAAUGAAGGUCACAUCGAACAUCAUUAAGAAGGAGAAGCGUCGCGUGGUGCUGGACGACAGUCAACCGUUGCCUGAGCUGGAGUUGAUUACCCAGAAACGAAUCCAAGAGGGCAUAGACAAGGUGGCCGAUGAGGAGCUUAUAGAGGACCAGCAGCUAACCCAAAACCAGCAGGAGACGACUACCUCUGAGGUUAUCGGCCAGGAGCGCAAGCUUGUCAAGAAGAAGAAGAAGGAGAUUAAGCCUCCAAGGAUCACCGAGAAAUUGCGCCCACGCCAAUGUGUUCCCGAGGAACCAACCGUGCUCGAGUGCAAAGUGGAAGGAGUUCCGUUCCCAGAAAUCAAAUGGUACUUCAACGACAUUCUUCUGUUUGCUUCUGAGAAGUACGAGAUCACUGUCAUCGAGCAAGUGGCGAAGCUGAAGAUUGCCAAGGUCACGCCCAGUGAUGUUGGCGUCUAUACAUGCGAGGCCAAGAACGAGGCUGGAGUGGCCACAAGUCGUACCAACAUUAUUUUAGAAAAAGAACAAGGAGUUCCCCCCCAGUUUACAAAACCUCUUAAGAUUGAGUUUAUUGAGGAGAAGCAGCCCGAGCGGCUUAAGGUUACGGUGACUUGUCAAGUGACAGGAAAACCGAAUCCUCAGGUCAAAUGGUAUAGAGGAAUAGAGGAAGUUAUACCCAGCGAAACAGUUCAGAUGUUCUAUGACGAAAAAACCGGCGAUGUGGCCCUGGAGGUUAUUAACCCCACACCCAAUGAAGCAGUUGUCUACUCUGUGCAGGCGCAGAAUCAGUUUGGACGUGCCAUUGGCAAUGCCAAUAUUCUAAGCCGGGUCGAUGAAGUUCCCCGGGAGAUACUGAAGGCACCUACCGUAACUCCACUGAGUGCUGUUGUUGUACCCACGGGUGGAACUCUCUUCUUCGAAGCCAAAUACGAUGGCUUGCCUAGGCCAGAAGUGAAAUGGAUGCGCAAUGGCCGCGAGAUUAUCGAGAAUGAGGAGACUAUCAUAGAAACUACAGAGACAACGACCACAAUAAAGGUUGUCAAUAUGACCCGCAAACGAACUGGCAAGUAUGAAGUUUGGGCAAAGAACAAGGUGGGUGAAGCCAAGUCCUCUGGUUCGGUGGUGGUUUCAGAUCAAAAGCCCGAUGAGCAAAUUAAGCCACCGAGAUUUAUUCAGCCCUUGGAGCCCAAGUACUUUGGCGAGCACGAGGUGGCCAUUAUUGAAGCGAUUGUGGAGUCUGAGCCAUUAUCGUCCUUCCAAUGGUUUGUGCACAACGAGCCCAUCAAGAGUUCAAACGAAGUGCGUAUCGUUAGCCAGGCCAACAAGUCAACGCUGCUGAUUGAAGACUUCCAAAGCAAGUUUGUGGGGCCUUUUACUUGCCGGGCCGAGAAUGUGGGUGGAUCAGUGACGUCAACGGCCACCGUUAACCUAAUUGAAUCUCUGCCCCAAGAGGAAGCCGAGGAGUUUGAGUCACCGCGUUUUGUUGAGGAGCUCGUUCAACCCGUGGAGGUUAUGGAUGGCGAGGCAUUGCUGCUGACCUGUCAAGUAACAGGAAAGCCCACUCCUAAGGUAGAAUGGUACCACAAUGCGGAGAAGAUCACUGAGAAUAAGGAAACUACGAUAUCGCAAGACUUGCAAGGCGUUUGCCAGCUGCAGAUUACGGAAGUUUUCCCCGAAAACGAAGGCCAAUACGAGUGCGUGGCUACAAAUAAAAUUGGCAAGAGCGUCAGCAAGACAAACGUUAAAAUACAAGCAUUUGAAUAUAUCCCCGAUUCUGAAAUCACUGGACUCACAGGAUCUGAGGAGGAUCUACUUGAUAGAACCCUCUCAAUCGACGAACAAGCUCCGAAAAUUAUUAAAAAACUACCGGAGAAAAUCGAGCCAAAAGAAGGCGAGCAAGCGAAGCUGGAGGUUAAGGUCGUUGGAAAACCGAAACCGAAGGUCAAAUGGCUGCGCGACGACGAGCAGAUAUUCGCCUCCGAGGAAUAUCAGAUCGAAAAUUUCGAAGACGGCACCUCAGUGCUGGUCAUUAACCACGUCUAUCCCGAUGAUUUGGGUACAAUUAGUUUCGAGGCAUACAAUCCACUCGGUGUGGCAGUGACUACGGCGCUCUUUGCGGUCGAAGGCAUCGUGGGUUCGAAGGAUUACCGCAAGCCGGAAUGGGUGUCUCAAAUGGAGGAAAUGCAGGUGGCUCUCAAAGCUGCUAAAUGCUCGCCUUCACUACUAAACGAAAUGCGUGACUGCCGUGCGGCCUUAGGUGAAACAGCCAAGUUCUCGAUACAGUUUGCUGGCAAUCCGAUACCAGAUAUUCAGUGGUAUUUCAACAACGUUCAGCUUAGGGCAUCCGAAAAGUAUCGCAUGGUAGUCCAGGAACAUGAAGCUACGCUAGAAAUAAUGAAAAUAACAAGCGAAGACUGCGGUUACUAUAACUGCAAGCUCAUCAAUGAGAUCGGCAUGACGAUGACUCGGGCCAAGUUCGACAUAUCAUCCACGAGCACCAUAGUUGAGGAAACCAAGGCCAAGACUACCGUCAAGAAGAAGUCUGGCAAGAAAACCGUGGUGAAAAGAUCCGGCACCUCAGAGUCCCAGAACGUGCAAAAGACAGAGAUCCGUAUUAUUCCAACUAGCGCGGUAGAGACCAGCAUGAAUGUGGUCAAGGUUAAGCAACCCGUAUCCAUACUCGUAGAAAAGAGCGAAAUAUCCGAGGUUUUAGUCGUGAAAGAUCGCGAAGUUGCCGAUGCCGAAGAGCGUAGUAGCCAAUUAAUUGAAGAUAUAGAAGAGGAGGAAGAGAUUGAGGAGAAAGUCCAGCAUGACGAGGAGGAUGAAGUUGAGGUGCAAGUAGAGCAGAAGGAAACAUAUACGUCUAGCAAGAAAAUAGAGAUAACUAAAACGGUGGAGCUGAUACGCACAAAAAUUAGCGAAAAGAUCAUAACAAUUGAAGAUGUUCAAGUACUUUCGCACCACGAGGAGGUACAAUGGCUGCUCGAGUCCAUCGAGGCCGAGUCUUUCGGCCAAAUUGGCGAGUCUGCCCUUAGAGAUUUGGCCACUAUUGGCCUGCUAUUGCGCUAUGGCUGUGAGCACUACGAAAUCACAUAUAUGUAUGAGCAAAACAUAUUUAUAUCGCUGAAGAAGCCAGAGUCCCAAUCGGCCCUGGUGCAGCUCGUCGAGCGAGAAGGCCACGAAGAACUGAUCUCCCAAAUACUGAGCGAGUCUUCCAACGAGGACGAGACCAUCCUAGCGGCAACUGUGGGCUUCAAGGCCUUCAUACGCAUGAUUCAGACGUACGAAAUCACGAUUGAGAUCGUCAUACGAAAGUUUGUUAGGGAGGACUUCAUAUCACAGGACUGGAAGAUAUGUGGAAAGGAGAGAAUAGUAGAGACUUCGCAAAUAAUUGAAAGUCACGAGGCCAUCACUCAUGUGAAAAUAGAGGAAACAUUUGUCGAGGAACGAACGAUAAUUGUCCAAGAAGAAACAGCAACCACUAAAGUGGAAAAACUAUUCAAAAAGCAAGAACAAGAACAUGUGCAAAAUGUAGAGCAACAAGUGGAAAUUCAGGUUCAGACUAAACAAAUUGCGCAGAUGAACACUAAAAUCAAAAAGCAUAAAAAACACAAACAACAAGAACAGGAUGUUUCCGAGACAACAAUUCAAUACGAACAAAAAGAAACACUGGCUCACGAAACAAGCGCGGGAUUACCACAGGCAGAAACUCUUGAGCAAAUUGAAGAGUCUCUGCCCACAUACGAAACACUACCCAUACAAAAUCUUUCAAAAGACACGCUUGAAACCGUUGCAGUUGCAGUCACCGCAGAACUUUCUACUCCAAAACCAAUUGCGGCGCGGGUACAGGAGGAGAUUCUACCUGAAAAGGUAUUGGCCAUCAAUGAGGAGGUGUUACCACUCGAUGAGUUUGGCCUGCGAAAAGAAUCUCCCAGACCCGAAGAAAACAAGCUUACCGAAAAUAUGGAGGUAAGGCUAAAGCAUUCACUUGAUGUCUCACAAGCAAAGACGGCUGAGUCUUCAAAGGAAUUGCCUUCCAAAAUACCGAAAUCCGUGAAAGCGCAGCGGAAGAUGAAAGAGUCACGCUCCUUGUUGGUUGAAGCUCCAAACGCCGAAGAAGCUAUCGAGGAUCUGAAGCCACUGAAGGCCGUUUCGCAGAAGGUACAUGGCGACAUAUUAUUCUCGCAUGAGAUAACCGAGGAGCAGCACCAUGCUCUGGAGACCAUUGAGAAGCUAAAGCCCACCUCUGCCAUUGAGGACACCGUUCAGCAGAAACUACUGAACCAGGAGGAGCUAAUUAUCGCGGAAGUUUUACCAUCCGAAACUGUGGGAAGGGAUGUCACUGAUUUUAGGCCACCGGGAGAAACUAUUUUGCCGCGACUUACCCCCAACAUGAGUCUUUGCAUUACCGAGUGCCAGCCGGAGGAUUCUAUAGGCGAGAUGCAACAAGCUGCUAAAGAACGUAUGGAGACACCUGCGAUGUCGGUAACGGAAUCGAAGGCAGUUGGUGGACAAGAACUAGAAGUUUUGGAGAGCGUCGACCAUAUGCCAUCAAUAACCCAGCCGACUAAGGGCUUAGCUGAUUAUACCAUUAAAGCCGAGGAAGUUCCCGUUCAGGUGCACGAAAUUACCACUUUUGAUAGUUUGGAAAGAGAAACGGUGUCCAAAACACAGACUGCCAAAAGUAAUGCAUUGGAAUUAUUCGAGUUAGCUGAGGGUCUAGUCAGUAUCACCGCUGAUUCUCAUAGUCCAAUAGCCGAGGAUUUGCCUAUUUUUGAGAAAGAUGUAAAGGAAGCCACUAUAGAUAUGCAAAUGCAGCACCACGUAACAACUUUCGAAACAGUUUCCAAUGAAAAUGCUGUUAAGGACGUGACAGCAGCUGAUACCCCGAAAAUGGCCGAGGGCACGUUAGGGCAAUCAAGUGCGUUAACUAUUGGGGAAACGCAGCAGAUGAACCUUGUAGAAACGGCGGUUGAGCUUAUCGAACCAAAUGUAGAAUCAACAAAACCAGCUAAGGGCGCCUUAACAGAGGCAUAUGGCACAGCCGAGAGUAAUGAAGAGACGCUCCUCGAAUCACUCGGUUUGGUGCCAGACGAUAAUCGCAAAACAGAACAAGGUAAAGUAAACAUUAGCGAAGGGGAGUAUGUGGCAAAAGUUCAGACCACGACGGUGACUGACACUGAGGAAGAAUUUGUUUCCGUAGCUCCAAAACUGGUGGAUGCCAAAUUCGAUUUCGUCGAGCAAUCUGCGUUGCAGGUUAAGCAGAACACGACAGUGGAGAAGGAGGAAAUUCUAUCUCCCAAUAUAGAACUGGCACCUCAGUUAGCUAUAUCAAAUAUGUUUCCUGCUGAGUUAAAGGUUACAAGCAUAUACGAAGUUCAACCAGGUGCGACAUCAAGUGAUAUUAUUACGGAGGAAACAAAGUCUGUAUCAGCUAAGCAAGUCUUCGAGACGAUGUCGAUUGGAGUUACUAGUAAGCCAGCUAUGUUAGAGAGUACUAGUCACAUUGAUGCCUUUCAACAUCCUGAGUUCAGAACGGGUGACACAGUUCUAGAUGAAAACCAACAACCUUUGGAAGUAACAAACGUGCAGAUAACCGAGUCAAGUACGGAUAUUAUUGAUGUCUUUCCCAAUCAAAAUCUUACUAAAGCCGAAGCUGUCACCGAUGCAUUUAAAUAUGCUGAGGGCCUAGUUGUACUUUCGAUGGAGUCGACAAUCGAUAAAACCGAAGAUACCAAACCGACGGCGGUAAUUGCAGAUAUAAGCAUGCAUGAACAAUUUGGAACAGAUGUUAGAGAACAGGAACCGCUAGAAAGUACUCAAACACGCACGGAGGAUAUAAAGCCUCAGACACAAACACCAGAAACCGAGUUUGGAUUGCUGCAACCUCUGGAAACCAGCUCAUGUGUUACCUUAGAGGGAGAAAGCAUUCUAUCAGUUAAAGAGCCCCAUUCUAAACAAAGCGCUGCCAUUGGAACUUCGUCAGCUCUGCAAGUGGCCAACAUCAUGAGGCCCCAGCAUAUGGAAUCUUUGGAGAGGCUAGAUGAACAGAAGGUGCCUUAUUAUCAGGCAAAUGUUAAUAUUGGGGAAAUCACUUUACCAAACGUUGAGAAAAUCGCUUCGUUUGAUGUCCUAAGCGAUUUGGAUACACCAGAUUACAAUAAAUCAUCUAUAAGUCGUGUGCAGUUAAUUGAAAGCACAACAUCGUUAAAAACGACUACAGCUGUUGUAAGUGAAAGUACAGAAGAAUUAAAGGACCUAAACAUUACUCAGCCAGUUCAUAUUAGGCCAAAGCCUUAUGAAUCUGAUCAGAAAAUCUCCAUUUCCGAGGAGACAAAUGUUCUUGAACAUGUUUCGAGCCUGAGCCCAGUAUUACCCACAUUGGGAACGAUCCAAUCUUCAAUAAAAAGUUUACACGAGAUAAAUAUAAGAGAGACUGAUAUUUUAGAGAAAGAGGAGUCCCUGAAAGACGUUGAUCAAAUAAGUGGCCGUCUGGCUAAAAUUGUUUUGGACUGCACGACGGGCAUCGCACAGGUUCGACAAGAAGAAACACUCGAGCAUGAGGAGGACCUUACAUCUCCCUCAGUUCUGCCAGAGAAGGCAAUACCCGCUUCUUCAGAGUUGCUUCGGUUGCCUCUAACUGAAUACGUGCAAGAACAACAAGGUACCGGUGACAUGGUGGAUUUCAAAGUUUCAAACAAAUGUGCGUCUCCUAAAAUUGAUCACUUAUAUGAAACAAAGUCAUCUGAAAUGAUUGUGUACGACUCUUCGACAAAAGUUGAUUCCGAGUUCCCAGCUGGUAUAGUGCCUCAAAAAUCUCUGGUUCCCUAUCGGCAUACAAUGGUGACAGAAAACGUUGCUUUUCAUGCAUCUGAAAAUUUAGAAAUCUUAUCUGCCGGUCAACAAAUUGCAACAAAUGUGCAGGAUAGCCUUAGUCAAUCGAUAAUCGCACAGGACCAAACUACAUUUGAGUCUGAACAAAAUCUGGGUCUAGAAACUACCCCCACCCAAAAAUCCAAACUUCUAAAGGAUGACCAAAAUCUUUAUGCUAAGCUCGUGGACGAAGCAACAGUUUAUGAAGCCAUGGGACAGGAGCAAAAAGUUGAUAAAUAUAAUAUACAACAAGCGGAGAUCACUCACGAUCUACCUCAAGUCUAUGCAACCGAUCUCCAACAGACUUUUGAGGCUGAAAAAGAGAUUAAAAGUCCUGAGCAAUCUUAUGAGGCAGCAACAACUGAUAUUAUUCCAUCGCGGCUUGGUUUAGCGAUGACAACAAAGACGCACCCUGUUGAAGGAAUCGAUGUCCUGUUAAGUUCGCCUCCAAAGCCAACGCUUGCCCAGACAAACUAUGAAGAAACAAAGCAUCAAGUACAUGUCAGAGAAACUCAAGCGAUAGAGGAAUCCGAAGAAUUCACAGAUGGACGAUUACUUCCUGUUUCUGCUGUCGAGUCGAUAGACAUUACGUUUAAGGUGACAUCAGAUUCUCAUCAACCACCAGUUUUCGAUAAGGAGUUGUCAAUACCGACUGUGUCGCCUUUGGAGGCCAGAGCAAAACCAUCUUUAAAUCUACUUCAAGGCGCCACCACAUGCGAUGUCAUUCCCUUAGAAUCAUCUGUACUUAUAAAAGAUACACAUGUCGCUGAGCAGAAGGCGCAACAAGAGUAUGUCGCACAGGUGGAGUCAAAUAAAGUUCACGUUCAAAUGGAUAACCUAGUUAUGGAUAAAGAAGAUAUUUUUGAAAAUGACAAAAUGGAGAAUUUUUGUAAACCAAUUACUGAAGGCACUCAGCGGGAAACAGUUGUUAUCGAAGUGGUGCCAAUAGAUAAUGUGGGUGGUAUUCAUUUAGCCCCACAGCCAUCUACAUUCUUAGCCACUUUUACGUCUACCGAUAUAUUAAAUCAAUCGCACGUUAUAGAUACACAAGUUCCCUUAGAAAUGGAAAGUGAAGCUCAAGCUGCUUACGACAACAUUGCCCAAGCUAGGAUUAAGUCAGCUGAAACCCACGUACAUACAAACGUGUCUGAGGUUAAUGCUUACGAACAAACUAAAGCAAUUCAAGAUCAAAGCAAGCAGGGCUUAUUUGCUAAUGUAUCGGAGGAUUCUGAUUCGAGCAAAGCUUAUUUAACAACAAUACAAUCGACAUUCUUAAAAGAGGACAUCCUACCCAAGCCUAACAUUCUUCAGGAUACAGCUCAAGCUGCUAAUGUGGAACUUCAAUCCUUGGUAACCGAGGAAGUUGUGAGCGUUAGCUCUAUCCAAGAAACAUAUGAACUUCAAAUUCCACUGAUUGAAACAGCUAACUUAACUCAGCAAACUCCACAGAAUUCUGUAAAUGUUUGUCAGCAACUUGCUUAUGAACAAACUCCUGAUAUUGCGUUAGAGCCGCACGCAUUAACACGAGCCACUACUAGUUCUGUAACGACAUUUCUUAAGCCAGCCGAAAAUGCAACCGUUAAUAUUUAUGAAAACAUUGAAGGGCAUGGUGAUUUUAAGCCGGAAACUGUAAACCUGCGUUCAAAUUCAAAUUUAGAUUCUGAGUUAGUGGUUUCGGUAGUACAAGAGGUGACAUCGAUACCAUCUUUAGGCAGCCUUGCAACGGUCAAACCCCAGGAGUUAAAAGCAGUUCCAGUUACAAAAUCAUCCAAAAACCUUGCUUACAGCGAGGAAGGUGAAAGCCCAUAUGUACAGAUUACUGUAGAGGAAGCUAAAUUGGUUAACACUCUGGCAGGCGUAGAAGAAAACAAAAUAUCAGUCACAACAGAACAACCCAACAUGUGUAUUGCCGCAUCGAUUCAAAUGCCAACCAUAACAGAAGGAAAAUUAGAAAAUGCUUUACAAACUUCCCAAUUUGCAUCAGAGUCGAUCCUUAAAAUUUCACCACAGAUUUCCCCAAAUGCACACUUUGAAACCAGAACACACGAAGAGGCUUAUUCAACGACCACUGAGUCACUAGCAACAACACACGCUGAUGACAUUGAUAGUUCUGACAUUGAUAGUUCUCGAAAAAAAGUAAUGCAGGAUGUUCAAAAGUAUAAACAUUUUGCGACAAAGAGCUUAGACAAAACGGUAAAAGUGGACACGGAUACAAAUCAAGCCACAGACACAACACACAUAAAACAAAAAACACCAACACAAAUACUAGCAUCCAGCACGAAUCAAAUCACAGAAUCGCCUGAAAUUAUAAAAACUAUUGAAACAAUAUCUGAAGACGGCUCCCCGAAAAAAAAGAUGAUUCGAACUCGUUUAAUAAAAAAGGUUAAGGGUAAUAAACAAGAAGUCACCAAGAUUGAAACAGUCGAGGAGGACGACAAGCAACCCGAAACAACGGUCACUGUUGAAGAACUUCCGUUUGAAGAAGAGAAGCCUGAGGAAAUUCAAGAGCUUCCAGAGGAGGUACGCGUGGUCGAAACCAUAACGGAAGAUGGCAAGCCUAAGAAGAAGAAGAUCCGUACUCGCGUUAUUAAGAAGGUCAAGGGUGACAAGCAAGAAGUCACCAAGAUUGAAACCGUCGAGGAGGACGACAAGCAACCCGAAACAACGGUUACUGUUGAAGAACUUCCGUUUGAAGAAGAGAAGCCUGAGGAAAUUCAAGAGCUUCCAGAGGAGGUUCACGUGGUCGAAACCAUAACAGAAGAUGGCAAGCCUAAGAAGAAGAAGAUCCGCACUCGCGUUAUCAAGAAGGUCAAGGGUGACAAGCAAGAAGUCACCAAGAUUGAAACCGUCGAGGAGGACGACAAGCAACCCGAAACAACGGUUACUGUUGAAGAACUUCCGUUUGAAGAAGAGAAGCCUGAGGAAAUUCAAGAGCUUCCAGAGGAGGUUCACGUGGUCGAAACCAUAACGGAAGAUGGCAAGCCUAAGAAGAAGAAGAUCCGCACUCGCGUUAUCAAGAAGGUCAAGGGUGACAAGCAAGAAGUCACCAAGAUUGAAACAGUCGAGGAGGACGACAAGCAACCCGAAACAACGGUUACUGUUGAAGAACUUCCGUUUGAAGAAGAGAAACCUGAGGAAAUUCAAGAGCUUCCAGAGGAGGUUCGCGUGGUCGAAACCGUAACGGAAGAUGGCAAGCCUAAGAAGAAGAAGAUCCGUACUCGCGUUAUCAAGAAGGUCAAGGGUGACAAGCAAGAAGUCACCAAGAUUGAAACCGUCGAGGAGGACGACAAGCAACCCGAAACAACGGUCACUGUUGAAGAACUUCCGUUUGAAGAAGAGAAGCCUGAGGAAAUUCAAGAGCUUCCAGAGGAGGUACGCGUGGUCGAAACCAUAACGGAAGAUGGCAAGCCUAAAAAGAAGAAGAUCCGUACUCGCGUUAUCAAGAAGGUCAAGGGUGACAAGCAAGAAGUCACCAAGAUUGAAACCGUCGAGGAGGACGACAAGCAACCCGAAACAACGGUUACUGUUGAAGAACUUCCGUUUGAAGAAGAGAAGCCUGAGGAAAUUCAAGAGCUUCCAGAGGAGGUACGCGUGGUCGAAACCAUAACGGAAGAUGGCAAGCCUAAAAAGAAGAAGAUCCGUACUCGCGUUAUUAAGAAGGUCAAGGGUGACAAGCAAGAAGUCACAAAGAUUGAAACCGUCGAGGAGGACGACAAGCAACCCGAAACAACGGUCACUGUUGAAGAACUUCCGUUUGAAGAAGAGAAACCUGAGGAAAUUCAAGAGCUUCCAGAGGAGGUUCGCGUGGUCGAAAGCGUAACGGAAGAUGGCAAGCCUAAGAAGAAGAAGAUCCGUACUCGCGUUAUCAAGAAGGUCAAGGGUGACAAGCAAGAAGUCACCAAGAUUGAAACCGUCGAGGAGGACGACAAGCAACCCGAAACAACGGUCACUGUUGAAGAACUUCCGUUUGAAGAAGAGAAGCCUGAGGAAAUUCAAGAGCUUCCAGAGGAGGUACGCGUGGUCGAAACCAUAACGGAAGAUGGCAAGCCUAAAAAGAAGAAGAUCCGUACUCGCGUUAUUAAGAAGGUCAAGGGUGACAAGCAAGAAGUCACAAAGAUUGAAACCGUCGAGGAGGACGACAAGCAACCCGAAACAACGGUCACUGUUGAAGAACUUCCGUUUGAAGAAGAGAAACCUGAGGAAAUUCAAGAGCUUCCAGAGGAGGUACGCGUGGUCGAAACCAUAACGGAAGAUGGCAAGCCUAAAAAGAAGAAGAUCCGUACUCGCGUUAUUAAGAAGGUCAAGGGUGACAAGCAAGAAGUCACCAAGAUUGAAACCGUCGAGGAGGACGACAAGCAACCCGAAACAACGGUUACUGUUGAAGAACUUCCGUUUGAAGAAGAGAAACCUGAGGAAAUUCAAGAGCUUCCAGAGGAGGUUCGCGUGGUCGAAACUAUAACAGAAGAUGGCAAGCCUAAGAAGAAGAAGAUCCGUACUCGCGUUAUUAAGAAGGUCAAGGGUGACAAGCAAGAAGUCACCAAGAUUGAAACCGUCGAGGAGGACGACAAGCAACCCGAAACAACGGUUACUGUUGAAGAACUUCCGUUUGAAGAAGAGAAACCUGAGGAAAUUCAAGAGCUUCCAGAGGAGGUUCGCGUGGUCGAAACCAUAACGGAAGAUGGCAAGCCUAAGAAGAAGAAGAUCCGUACUCGCGUUAUUAAGAAGGUCAAGGGUGACAAGCAAGAAGUCACCAAGAUUGAAACCGUCGAGGAGGACGACAAGCAACCCGAAACAACGGUUACUGUUGAAGAACUUCCGUUUGAAGAAGAGAAACCUGAGGAAAUUCAAGAGCUUCCAGAGGAGGUUCGCGUGGUCGAAACCAUAACGGAAGAUGGCAAGCCUAAGAAGAAGAAGAUCCGUACUCGCGUUAUUAAGAAGGUCAAGGGUGACAAGCAAGAAGUCACCAAGAUUGAAACCGUCGAGGAGGACGACAAGCAACCUGAAACAACGGUCACUGUUGAAGAAAUUCCGUUUGAAGAAGAGAAACCUGAGGAAAUUCAAGAGCUUCCAGAAGAGGUUCGCGUGGUCGAAACCAUAACGGAAGAUGGCAAGCCUAAGAAGAAGAAGAUCCGUACUCGCGUUAUUAAGAAGGUCAAGGGUGACAAGCAAGAAGUCACCAAGAUUGAAACCGUCGAGGAGGACGACAAGCAACCCGAAACAACGGUUACUGUUGAAGAACUUCCGUUUGAAGAAGAGAAACCUGAGGAAAUUCAAGAGCUUCCAGAGGAGGUUCGCGUGGUCGAAACUAUAACAGAAGAUGGCAAGCCUAAGAAGAAGAAGAUCCGUACUCGCGUUAUUAAGAAGGUCAAGGGUGACAAGCAAGAAGUCACCAAGAUUGAAACCGUCGAGGAGGACGACAAGCAACCCGAAACAACGGUUACUGUUGAAGAACUUCCGUUUGAAGAAGAGAAACCUGAGGAAAUUCAAGAGCUUCCAGAGGAGGUUCGCGUGGUCGAAACCAUAACGGAAGAUGGCAAGCCUAAGAAGAAGAAGAUCCGUACUCGCGUUAUUAAGAAGGUCAAGGGUGACAAGCAAGAAGUCACCAAGAUUGAAACCGUCGAGGAGGACGACAAGCAACCCGAAACAACGGUUACUGUUGAAGAACUUCCGUUUGAAGAAGAGAAACCUGAGGAAAUUCAAGAGCUUCCAGAGGAGGUUCGCGUGGUCGAAACCAUAACGGAAGAUGGCAAGCCUAAGAAGAAGAAGAUCCGUACUCGCGUUAUUAAGAAGGUCAAGGGUGACAAGCAAGAAGUCACCAAGAUUGAAACCGUCGAGGAGGACGACAAGCAACCUGAAACAACGGUCACUGUUGAAGAAAUUCCGUUUGAAGAAGAGAAACCUGAGGAAAUUCAAGAGCUUCCAGAAGAGGUUCGCGUGGUCGAAACCAUAACGGAAGAUGGCAAGCCUAAGAAGAAGAAGAUCCGUACUCGCGUUAUUAAGAAGGUCAAGGGUGACAAGCAAGAAGUCACCAAGAUUGAAACCGUCGAGGAGGACGACAAGCAACCCGAAACAACGGUUACUGUUGAAGAACUUCCGUUUGAAGAAGAGAAACCUGAGGAAAUUCAAGAGCUUCCAGAGGAGGUUCGCGUGGUCGAAACUAUAACAGAAGAUGGCAAGCCUAAGAAGAAGAAGAUUCGUACUCGCGUUAUUAAGAAGGUCAAGGGUGACAAGCAAGAAGUCACCAAGAUUGAAACCGUCGAGGAGGACGACAAGCAACCCGAAACAACGGUUACUGUUGAAGAACUUCCGUUUGAAGAAGAGAAACCUGAGGAAAUUCAAGAGCUUCCAGAGGAGAUUAGUGUGGUCGAAACCAUAACGGAAGAUGGCAAGCCUAAGAAGAAGAAGAUCCGUACUCGCGUUAUUAAGAAGGUCAAGGGUGACAAGCAAGAAGUCACCAAGAUUGAAACCGUCGAGGAGGACGACAAGCAACCCGAAACAACGGUUACUGUUGAAGAACUUCCGUUUGAAGAAGAGAAACCUGAGGAAAUUCAAGAGCUUCCAGAGGAGGUUCGCGUGGUCGAAACCAUAACGGAAGAUGGCAAGCCUAAGAAGAAGAAGAUCCGUACUCGCGUUAUUAAGAAGGUCAAGGGUGACAAGCAAGAAGUCACCAAGAUUGAAACCGUCGAGGAGGACGACAAGCAACCCGAAACAACGGUUACUGUUGAAGAACUUCCGUUUGAAGAAGAGAAACCUGAGGAAAUUCAAGAGCUUCCAGAGGAGGUUCGCGUGGUCGAAACCAUAACGGAAGAUGGCAAGCCUAAGAAGAAGAAGAUCCGUACUCGCGUUAUUAAGAAGGUCAAGGGUGACAAGCAAGAAGUCACCAAGAUUGAAACCGUCGAGGAGGACGACAAGCAACCCGAAACAACGGUUACUGUUGAAGAACUUCCGUUUGAAGAAGAGAAACCUGAGGAAAUUCAAGAGCUUCCAGAGGAGGUUCGCGUGGUCGAAACCAUAACGGAAGAUGGCAAGCCUAAGAAGAAGAAGAUCCGUACUCGCGUUAUUAAGAAGGUCAAGGGUGACAAGCAAGAAGUCACCAAGAUUGAAACCGUCGAGGAGGACGACAAGCAACCCGAAACAACGGUUACUGUUGAAGAACUUCCGUUUGAAGAAGAGAAACCUGAGGAAAUUCAAGAGCUUCCAGAGGAGGUUCGCGUGGUCGAAACCAUAACGGAAGAUGGCAAGCCUAAGAAGAAGAAGAUCCGUACUCGCGUUAUUAAGAAGGUCAAGGGUGACAAGCAAGAAGUCACCAAGAUUGAAACCGUCGAGGAGGACGACAAGCAACCCGAAACAACGGUUACUGUUGAAGAACUUCCGUUUGAAGAAGAGAAACCUGAGGAAAUUCAAGAGCUUCCAGAGGAGGUUCGCGUGGUCGAAACUAUAACAGAAGAUGGCAAGCCUAAGAAGAAGAAGAUCCGUACUCGCGUUAUUAAGAAGGUCAAGGGUGACAAGCAAGAAGUCACCAAGAUUGAAACCGUCGAGGAGGACGACAAGCAACCCGAAACAACGGUUACUGUUGAAGAACUUCCGUUUGAAGAAGAGAAACCUGAGGAAAUUCAAGAGCUUCCAGAGGAGGUUCGCGUGGUCGAAACUAUAACAGAAGAUGGCAAGCCUAAGAAGAAGAAGAUCCGUACUCGCGUUAUUAAGAAGGUCAAGGGUGACAAGCAAGAAGUCACCAAGAUUGAAACCGUCGAGGAGGACGACAAGCAACCCGAAACAACGGUUACUGUUGAAGAACUUCCGUUUGAAGAAGAGAAACCUGAGGAAAUUCAAGAGCUUCCAGAGGAGAUUAGUGUGGUCGAAACCAUAACGGAAGAUGGCAAGCCUAAGAAGAAGAAGAUCCGUACUCGCGUUAUUAAGAAGGUCAAGGGUGACAAGCAAGAAGUCACCAAGAUUGAAACCGUCGAGGAGGACGACAAGCAACCCGAAACAACGGUUACUGUUGAAGAACUUCCGUUUGAAGAAGAGAAACCUGAGGAAAUUCAAGAGCUUCCAGAGGAGGUUCGCGUGGUCGAAACCAUAACGGAAGAUGGCAAGCCUAAGAAGAAGAAGAUCCGUACUCGCGUUAUUAAGAAGGUCAAGGGUGACAAGCAAGAAGUCACCAAGAUUGAAACCGUCGAGGAGGACGACAAGCAACCCGAAAAAACGGUUACUGUUGAAGAACUUCCGUUUGAAGAAGAGAAACCUGAGGAAAUUCAAGAGCUUCCAGAGGAGGUUCGCGUGGUCGAAACCAUAACGGAAGAUGGCAAGCCUAAGAAGAAGAAGAUCCGUACUCGCGUUAUUAAGAAGGUCAAGGGUGACAAGCAAGAAGUCACCAAGAUUGAAACCGUCGAGGAGGACGACAAGCAACCCGAAACAACGGUUACUGUUGAAGAACUUCCGUUUGAAGAAGAGAAACCUGAGGAAAUUCAAGAGCUUCCAGAGGAGGUUCGCGUGGUCGAAACUAUAACGGAAGAUGGCAAGCCUAAGAAGAAGAAGAUCCGUACUCGUGUUAUUAAGAAGGUCAAGGGUGAUAAGGAAGAGGUCACCACAAUUGAAACCGUCGAGGAGGACGACAAGAAAGCAGAAACAACGGUAACAGUCGAAGAAACUGAAUUAAGUGCUCCCAGUGUAGGCAAAGUUCAACUUAAAAAAAGGGUUAUCGUUCAAAAACCCGAAGACGCUGUAACGGUAUUUGAAUUGCCUGAGCGGAAAUCAGUUAUACUUUCAGAAAAAGAAGAUGGAACUCCAACCAAAACUGUUAUUAAAACAAGAAUCAUUAAAAAAAUUCAAGGUCCGAACAUGGAGGUGACAAAAGUUCAAACCGUUGAGGAGUAUGAGAAAACACCACAAACUACAGUAUCAGUAGAGAAGUUUAAUAUCCCAUUCCCAGAGCUUCCCGAAGAAAGGCUAUCUGAGGUAGUUGUGUUACCUGAUGAAGUUAUUGAGUCUGAGGCUGUUGAUGAAGAAGGCCGUUUACAAAAGAUCAAAACCAAGAAGCGUAUCAUGAAAAAACCUGCACUUGAUAACACUGAAGAAGUUACUGAAAUAGGAAUUAUUGAGCAAGACAAUGCGGAGCCUAUAUAUUCUGUUAAAAUACAAGAAAGACCCUUAACAGAAUCGAAGCCAGAGGACAGUAAAUUAAUCGAGCUUCCCGAACAUGUGACAGAACUAAAAGUUAUUUUGCCCGAUGGAAAAAAGAAGAGAAAGACCGUUAAAUCCCGAGCUUUCAAAAAGAGCCUACCCGAUGAUCUUGACGAAGUUACAACUAUCCAUAUAAUAGAGGAGGAAGAUAAGGAACCACUAACUACAGUAAACAUAGAAUUUGUGCCUUCUGAUGAGAUAUCAAUCACACCCAUACCAAUAGAAGAAUUACCCGAGGAAACCGUAUUUACCGAAGAAUUAGACGAAAAUAAGAAGCCGAAAAAGAAAACUACCAAAACACGAACAUUUAAGAAGCGAGGUCCAGACGACGAUGAAUAUUUCCAAAUUCAAACAAUUGACGAAGAGGGCAAGGAGCCCAUCUCGCUUAUUCGAGUUGUUAGCGAUGAAAAUAUUGCUGAUAUUAUUGAUAUUAGUAAACUUGAUGAUGAAAAGGUUUUAAAACACAAACAAAAGCCACACAAGCAUAAGGUGGAUAAACCAAAGGCCGAUAACACAGAAACGGAACACCCAGUUUACAUUACGACAUUUAAGUCUGUACAAAACGAAGAUGGAGAAACAACCAUACAAACUGAAAACAAGCGAAUUUCUCAGGAGGAAGGCAUCGUUGUUGAGGAAGUCCUCAGCGAUACAGAACUCAUUCCAGAAGACAAAACACAAUUACACCUUGAAAUAACCGAAGUCAGCGAACCAACAGACCAAUACUACAAAGAGUACACUAUCACUGAACCUGAAGAGGCAAGUGCAGACGCCUUACAAAAACCAACUAAAGACAAAACACCAAAACAGAAAAAGACACUAGAAACUCCAAUUGAGGAAGCUGACGAGACUGUUAUUGUUCAUGAGGGUACAGGGGAACAAACUGACAAGAUAGCUAUGAAACGAAAGCCAAAAAAGGUUCAGGGUAACGUUCAGGUAGAGGCUGUCGAUGAAAAACCAAUUGAAAAGAAGGAAAAGGCAAAGAAAAAGAAAGUGGUUAAGACAAAACGAGAUGAAAUGGAUGACUACAUACAAUUUCUCAUACACCAAGAAAUCCCAAAGACUGUUCUACAACCGUACCAACGCACCGAAAUGGAACUUCCACAGAGGGCACGUCGUGACUCUUCUUUUAAGCAACCACUCAAGCUUACUCCAAUGAAAAUUGAGAAAGUUGAGUUCAAAAAGCCCAAAAUGGUUGAAAUCAGUUCGGUGGUAGAGUUCCCACAAAUGCUUAAACUUAAAGCCCCUAAACAACGUCCUCAGGAAGAGAAAAAGAAGAAGAAUGAAGCUUCAUUUAAAAACAAAAAGUUGAAGAGCUGGAUAAGAUUUGUACCGUAUGCACCAUACUGUUUCCCGUAUGUAGUUACCGAAUUAGAAACUAAUCGCGAAGUAGGGGAACUUUCACGAAAUGUUGAAGAAGCGGAAGAGGUAUUGAAAUUGCGUCCAAGGAAAUUUAGGCAUCCGAAGCCUGAAAAGCCGGAGCUUGAAGAAGCCGAUCUAGGUACAUAUGAAUCUGAUCAUUCCGAAAAAUCGAACAAGGAGCUAUUGCACCCGAAAUACAAACGCGCCAAAAAGCAAAAGAGCGAAACUCCGGAUGAAUCAAGGAAACUUAAGUUUGGAAAGGGCCAAGUUCCACAAAAUGAGGAAGCUUCUGAGGAAGUCAAUUUGAAGCCAGUAAAGCUUGAUAUCGCAGAGAUUGAAGACGGUGAAAAGCCAGUAAGGACACAGGAAGAGGAAGUUGUCAAGAAGAAGAAGACCAAAAAGAGCUCCAAGCCUGAGGAAGGACUUAAAUUUGAGCCCAUUGAAUUUGAAGAGAUGGAGAGAACCUCUGAUAUCCGAGAAGAAUCCGACACAUCUGUGUCUGUAGAUACUUCCACGCAGGAGAAGCCUAUAUAUAAAAAGAAAAAGAAGGUGACACCUAGUCCACAGAAAAACCAGUACGAAAUAUUACCAGGGCAACCUAGGGAAUUUGAAGAAACCCCAGAAGAUGACCUUAAUCUGCGCAAACGCCAAGGUGAAAGGCCUGAUGACGAUAUGGCAGAUACCAAACUAAAACCAUUUUAUAAGUUCGAAGUGCUUGAUCUGGAACCCGAAGGCGCCCAAGCUGAAACAGUACCUUUAAGUGAAACAAUAGCAAAGGAACCCAAAAAAAAGCGAAAGAUUAAGGUUAAGACGGAACAAGAAGAUAACACAAUUGAAAUCGUACCACUUUCUCCUGUGGAUAACGAUGAACAAAUCUUUGAAAUUACAGUCACAAGCUCAGAAAUUCUUCAAGAUGACACAAAAGCGAACACAAUUGCUAAGAAAAAGGUAAAGCGAAUGAAUAAGCAGGAAUUGGAUGAUUUUGUCACAGAGUUACAGGAGGAACCAAAUCAGGCGGUCUAUGAGACUACCAUGUCAGAUUUCUAUGAGGUAAAAUUAACCGAAUUGCCGUCAGAGAUGGACAAUGAUAAGCCUAAGAAGCGUAUUUUAAGACAUGAAAAGGGCGACGAAGUCCAAGUUCUGGAAAUCGUCGAAGGCGUGGUGGCCCCCGGUGGAGAACCUUUCUAUGAAAUAACUGUAAUAUCUAGUGAAAAUACCGAAGGAGACAGCGAAGAAAUAACAACUGAUAAGAUAAAAAAGAAAUCCAGAAAAAUGAAAAAGAAUGAGCUCGAUGCAUAUAUACAGCAGCUGAUCAAUGCCGAAAUACCAGUAACAGAACUAGAAAAAUAUGAAAAAAUCGAUGUAGAUGGUAAAGCAAAAAAACCGAAAAAGCUAAAGGCGAAGCCCGAGAAACCAAUAAUUGAUGAAGGCGAAACUCUUCAAGUUGGAAUCACAGAGCAUGAGCCAACCAAAAAAUUAAAAACCAAAAAACCGGUGGAAAAGAAACCUGUAAUAGAAAAAGAAAUGUAUGAACACGAAGCAGUUCCAGAAUACGAUGAGUACCUCAUCAACAAGACUGAGUCGGAACGUCCUCAAGAAAAGAACAUUGAAGAAACGGAAAAAGAUAUCGUGCCGGUCGUGGAUAAGGUCUUGGCAGAUUUAAGUGAUUGCCUACCUUUUGUGGUAGUUGAAGAAGACUUAAAGAAUAUGCCAUUGGCCAAUGAUGUAAUCGCCUUAGAAGAUGAGAAAAUAGUAAGGAAACGAAAGGUCAGAGCUAAGAAGGACUCGAAACAGUACGAAAUAGAAAUAAUUGAAACCGAGAAACCUGGUGACAUGCCUGAUGAAGCAAGGGUUAUAGUUAUAACCACAGAAGUUUCUGGUGAUACAAUCGACGGACCUGCUCCUUCUACUACUGAAGCACCGAAAAAAUCUGUCAGAAAGGUGAAGAAAGAAAAACUAAAGGAGUUCAUUGUCAAUGUAGUUGAGGAAGCUCCAUUAGAUCACUUCUCUGAUAUAUAUGAAGAUGUUCCAAGACCUCCUGUCAGAGAAAGCUCGGAGAAAGAGGAUAUCGGUUCAUUUACAACUACGGUGGUUGAGGACGAAAUAGUAGAGCCUGUUCUAUCCGAAAAAAUAACAUCCGUGGACGAUGUUCUCGUUCCAAAAGAUAAGAAAAAGAAAACUGAUAAUCAGAAAAAGAUAAAAAUAUCUGAAUUUGAACCUACUCCAACCUCAGAAGACUCAACUAUCGAGGAAUAUACUUCAAAGCUUUCAGAACAUGAUGAAAAUCUCCAAGCCGAUGAAUAUUUGGUAGACGUGAAAGAUAGUUUGCCAAAAUCCAAAAAGAAAUCUACAAAGAAGCAAAAGGAGGAAUCUCUCCCUGGCCCUAUAUCGCUUUAUACCAUUCGUAUUGAGGAGUCAACACCGGAACCUGUCACUGAAAAAAUAUAUGAAGACGGGAAGGAAAUUGUACGCGUCACUAACAAGAGAAAAAUCAAAAAGAAAGCGGGGCCGAGGGAAUACUUAAUCGAAGUUACUGAAACAUAUGAAGAUAACAAUCCAGAAGCAGAUGUUGUCAUUCGAACCAUUGAGACAACACCAUCCAUUGAUUCGAAGCCUCAGGAGGACCACAAGAUACAAAUCGUACAGGAAAAGAAGCCGAAGACCGAAAGCUUGGACAAUUAUAUUCAAAAGCUGAUAGAUCAAGAAAUUCCUCAGCUAGAUCAUAAAGAAUUUGAGGCUACUGUACUAGAGACCUCUCCAGAGUCUAAAAAGGCAAGGAAAAUCAAGAAACAUCACAAAAAAACUACCGAGGUUAUCGACGGCAUUCCGAUUACUGUAAUUGAGGUAACAAUACAAGAGAGUGAGCCUGAUGAAGAUGACUUUAAGCCAGAUGCAUUCACUCUAGAGGAAAUUGAUCAUGAGAAUGCAGAGGAUGCUCCCAAAGAUCUGAAAUCAAAGGUCUCAGAAGAGAAGCCUAAAUCAAAGAAAGAAAAAUCGUUAAAGUUUAAAACCGCUGAAGAAGACAAACCUCAACCAGUAAUUGAAGAUAUAUCGGAGGAUGUGCAGGUUGUACAAAUAAUUGAUGAAGAUGGCACACCAAAACAAGUGGAAAUUAAGAAAAAGAAGGUAUCCCGCAAACAUGGUCCUAAGAAACAAGUCUUUGAAAUCACCGAAACGAAAGCUAUUGAUGAACCUUUGGCUGAAGUUACUGUUGUGGAGAUUACAGAAGAAAAGCCUGAAGAAGAAGUCUUAGUAGCUCAAGAAAAGAAAUCUAUUAAAAAACAAAAGAAACUAAAGCCCGAAGAUGUCAAUACCUAUGUAAUUAAAAUCCUUGAAGAGUUAACUGAACCCACUCAAUUCGAAACACUUUCGGAAGACGAAGAUGACAAGCAACAACCAAUAAUUGAGGAUAUAUCGGAGGAUGUGCAGGUUGUACAAAUAAUUGAAGAAGAUGGCACACCAAAACAAGUGGAAAUUAAGAAAAAGAAGGUAUCCCGCAAACAUGGUCCUAAGAAACAAGUCUUUGAAAUCACCGAAACGAAAGCUAUUGAUGAACCUUUGGCUGAAGUUACUGUUGUGGAAAUUACAGAAGAAAAGCCUGAAGAAGAAGUCUUAGUAGCUCAAGAAAAGAAAUCUAUUAAAAAACAAAAGAAACUAAAGCCCGAAGAUGUCAAUACUUAUGUUAUUAAAGUCCUUGAAGAGUUAACUGAACCCACUCAAUUCGAAACACUUCCGGAAGACGCAGAUGACAAGCCACAACCAGUAAUUGAAGAUAUAUCGGAGGAUGUGCAAGUUGUACAAAUAAUUGAAGAAGACGGCACACCGAAACAGGUGGAAAUUAAGAAAAAGAAGGUUUCCCGCAAGCAUGGUCCAAAGGAACAAAUCUUUGAAAUCACCGAAACAAGACCUAGUGAUGAACCGUUAGCUGAAGUAACAAUUGUAGAACUAACAGAAGAAGGCUUAAAGAAAGACAUUGUUAUACCUCAAGAGACGAAAACAGUAAAGAAACCAAAAAAAUUGAAGCCUGAAGAUAUCCAAAGCUAUGUAAUUAAUGUUCUGGAAGAAUUUAAUGAGCCUCAAUGGCCUGAGAAUACCGAAAAACCAAUUAUUGAGGACCUUGAUGAAUCCAUUGAAAUUGUACCAGUUACUGAAGAAGAUGGCAUAACCAAGGAAAUUGAGGUUAAGAAGAAAAAGGUUUCUCGCAAACAAGGUACGAAAAAACAAGUAUUCGAAAUCAUCGAGACAAAAACUAGUGAUGAACCCUUGGCUGAAGUUACAAUCCUCGAGCUCAGUGGUGACAAGUCUCAAGAGGACAUUAUUCUACCUAAGGAGAAGAAACCAAUCAAGAAAACAAUUAAAUUGAGGCCUGAAGACGUCGAAAGCUAUGUCGUUAAUGUUUUAGAAGAGUUUUGUGAGCCACAAAGCUUUGAGAGUCCUAAGCCUACUGAUGGAGAGGCACUUGAAACUAGAACAAAAACGAAGACGCCCAAGAAGCCGAUUGUGAAGGCACCAGAAAAUGUUAUCCUUAUAGAAGAAAUGGCUCCUGAAACGGUCAUAGAAAAUAUUGUAAACGAAAUGGGAGAGGAAGUGAAACAAGUUAAGACAACGAAGAAACUUAAGAAAAAGGAAGGCCCUAAAGAGUAUAUAAUUGAAAUAAAAGAAACUUAUGAAGAAAACAAGCCAGAAGGCGACAUUGAAAUAACUACUACGGAAAUGGUUCCUGAGGGCUCUCCUGAUGCCUCUGACGAUCAACCAGUCAUAGUUCUCCAGAAAGUGAAAAAGAAGAAGCCUGUUAAGGACGAUCUAGACAAAUACAUACAACAGUUAAUCGAACAGGAAAUCACAAAAACUCCUCUAGAGGAAUAUGAACCAACUGAAAUGGAAUCAAAGAAGAAGCCCAAGAAGAAGGUCAAGUCUCACCACAAAAAAACCAUCGAAGUUAUUGAUGGGCUGCCAGUAACCAUUCACGAGUUCAAUGUUGAGGACAUAGUUCCAGAACCUGAGGGUAUGGAAAAACCAAAAACUUUGUUAGACGAAAUCAAGGAAAUACCACAACUGCCAGACGAUUCGUCCGAGUACCUUGUUAACAUUUCUGAUGAAUUUGGUGAAGCUGAUAAGCCAAUAAAACAGCCUACUGUGGAUCAACCCAUUAAAAAAGAAAAGCCAUUAAAAAAGAAAAAGGUCGUUGAGACUCCUGUUCCAUUGGAAGCAUAUGAUCACACUGUUGAAGUCGUUGCUGAACCUACGCUGGAGGGAACUCUUAAAGAAGUAACUGUCAAGAAACGAAAAGUAUCGCGGAGAAAGGGGUCUAAAGAUCACAUCUUUGAAAUUACGGAAACAACAAGUGAGGGUCAGCCCACGGCUGAGGUUACAGUUGUCGAGUUGUCAAGCGACGAGAUCUUAGAUUCUGAAGAAAAGCCGAAGUAUGAAAGAAAGAUUGUUAAAAAGCCAAAACAGUUAAAGAAGGAUGACGUUGAAGAAUAUAUAAUUAAUAUUAUCGAAGAAUUUAUACAGCCGAUUCCAGUUGGGCUAGUUGAAGGUGAAGUAGAAAAGGUCCAGAAGGAAAAAACUAAAAAACCUAAGAAAUCUCCAACAACGUACAUAGCCACUGAACAAGAAGACAACAAUAGCAAUUACGAUGCGUUGGUUGAGGAAGACUUAGACCAACCGAUUGAGUGCGCUUUAGAAGAGCCUUCAAACCCGCUUGAAUAUACCAUCAGUGUAGAAGAAGAAAGCGUCGGUGAAGAACAAAAACAACCAAAGCCCAAGAAGAUAAGCAAGCCCAAGUCCAUCAAGCAGCCGUCUGUAGAUAAAAGCCCAGACUAUCUGGUAAGGGUGCUAUCUUCAGAAAGCAUAAUAGAUGAACCAAUCCCUAAAGAUAAUGCCGUAACCGAAGCUGCAGAAGAUAAACCCUCUGAAGAACCAAUUUUCCAGGUAGAAGAACUCGAAACCGAAGCAGUGGAAAAAGAAGUUACCGACGAUAAAGGAGAAACGACGAAGCAAAGUGUAACCAAACGAAAAAUCAAAAAGCAAGUUGGCCCCAAGGAAGAAAUCAUUGAAAUUGUGGAAAUUAAGACAGGUGACACUCCAGAGUAUGAAGUCAUUGUAACUACUGAAGAGGUUCAAGAGAAGAGCAAGGAAGCUCCAGAGGAGAAAAAAGAGAAAACAGUCCGUAAAGCGAAAAAGAUUCCAAAAGACGAUCUUCAGGAUUAUAUUCAGAAGCUUAUCGAGCAAGAUAUUCCAAAAACUGAGCUGGAAAAAUAUGAAAAAAUAGACUUGGACGAGCCCAUAAAAAUGAAAAGAAAGCCUAUCAAAAAGGUCAAGCAAUCUAAGGAACAACCAAAAGAAGAAACUGAAGAGCCAAUGGAGGAUAAGCCCGUUGUGAAGAUUUCGGAAUGCUCUGAAGUUGCCAGUGACGAACCAAAGCUAACGGUUGCUGUUAAGGAAUUUAUUCCAGAAAAGCCAGAAGAAAAGCCAUUCGAAAUAGUAGUACUUGAAGAAACGGUAGAAAGCUAUCAGGAGCCAGAUGAAGAAGGAAAAGUAAAAGAAAAGGUGGUUAGGACUAAAAAGAUAAAGCAGAAUAGAGGCUCUGUAGAAGUAGUUCAUGACAUAGUCGAGGAAAUCGAUACGGAUACAAACGAAUCUGUAAUAACAGUCACGACCACCGUUCCCACGGAGACACCUGAUCAGGACCAACCGUCAGUUAAACAAAAACGUACAAAGAAAAUUAAGAAAGACGAAGUUGAAGACUUUGUCAAACGAGUUAUUGAGGAGGAGGCACCACAGACGGAAGAGCCCGUGGACCUAGUGGUUAUCGAGGAUGUCGUUCCCAAACCAAGUUCUGAGAAGAGGAAAAAGAAGCCAAUAAAAGAUAAGCAUACUUCCGUCGAGGAAGAAACGCCACACGAGGAUGAAGUUCUCUUAAUUGAGUCCGUUCCGGAGGACUCUCCCGUUAGUGAUGAUCUUAUAACUGUGGUAGAAUCAGUACCAAUCGAAGAAGAACCAGAAAAAAUGGUUAUUCAAAUUGAAGAUACUAAGAAACCCGAGAAGAAAAAGAAACCAAUAUCUUCAGCUAAAAUUCUAUCGGAAGAGGUGUUAGAAGACACUGUUGAAAAACCUUUUAAGGCUUUACAAAAGGAUUCUGAGCUGGAAAACCCAGAUGUUCAGGAAUUCUGUGUUUCUAUUAAGGAAGAAGAGCAAAAGCAUACUCAUCCUGAAAAGAAGAAGUCUUCUAAAAUAACUGCCGAACAACCAAAUCAGCCUUCUACGGAGCAAUACGAAAUAUCAGUAACGCAACAUGAGCUGAAGCCUAAAGAAGAAAAGCCGUUUACAGUUCAGGUAAUACAAAGCGAAACAAACGUAGAAGAAACCAAAGAUGACACCGGAAAAGUACAUAAGCAAGUUACUACAAAACGAAUGUUGCGACGACCUGCUGGCGAAGGUGAAAUAGAGAUUAUUGAAGUUGUUAGAGAUGAUCAGCCUGAGGCAGAAAUAACUAUUGUGGAGUAUGAGCCAGAACCAUUGAACCAAGAUGAAAAACCCAAAGAACCUAAGAAGAAAACCAGAAAGGUUAAAAAGGAUGAUAUACAUGACUACAUACAAAAGUUAAUUGACUUGGAAACACCAAAGACGGAGCUUGAAAAGUAUGAGAAAAUCGAAUUCGAACCAAUAGUCAAGGAUAAGCCAUUGGACAGUCCGAUCGACGUUUUGGAUGAAUCGCCCAAAGAAGUGCCGAAAAAAGAUAAAAAGUCAAGGCCUACAAAAGUUCCGAAUGAGGAAACUCCUGUUCAGGAUCAAUAUGCAAAGGUCAAAGUUGUCGAAGAAGAAGCUCCCGAGCAACUCGAAAAACCAGUCCAAAUUCUAGAAGUUAAGCCCGUAGAGGUAGAUGUCAAAGAGGUUAUAACUGAAGAUGGCAAGCCGGUUCAUGAAAAGACUACCAAGCGAGUUUUAAAGAAGAUGGGGCCCGAGGAACAAACAACUUUCAAGAUUACAACAAUUGAAAGCGAGGACAACGAUUCGGUUACAGUUAUUGUUGACGAAGAACCAGAAAUACCUUCCCCACAGUCUAUCAAAGAACAUCUAGAAGAGCCUGAGGAAAAGCUAGCGCCAAAGCCCAAGAAAACUGUAAGAAAGGUUAAAAAGGACGAUUUACACGAAUACGUAAAGAAACUAAUUGAAGAAGAAAUUCCAAAGGUUGACCUUGAAAAAUAUGAAAAGGUAGAAAUGCCAGAAAAACCAGAUAAACUUGAUGUUUCUGAUUCCAUUCCGGAAGAACCAAAACCUGAGAAAACCCAACCAAUAUCAGUACUACCCGACACACCGAAACUCAAGAAAACGAAGACUCCAAAGACAGAAGACACAGACCAGCAAGUACCGGACGAACCGACAGAGACCACUGUAGACACUACUGACAUACCAGAGCUUACACCAACCCAAACUGCACAGCCCGAGGACACAGCCACUGCACAAAUUACACCAAGCGCACAAGAAGAUAAAUCUACUCAAGAUGACACUAAAGAUACAAUUCAGAAAACAGUAAAACAUAAGAAAACAAAACCAGACACACAAAAAAGCGUUGAAACAAGUGAACUACCAGAGGUUCAUAAAGACUAUCAAAUUAGCAUCAUCCACGAAGAGCUUGUCGAGGAAGACCAGCCCGAAAAGAUUUUGGAGGUUAGAGUUAUCGAUGAAGUCGCCGAGGCGGAAGAAUCACAGCCGAUUGUGGAAGAGGUCGUAGAGGAGGAACCGCAGCCAGCUGCAGAAGAAACUGUAGAGGACGUCACUAAACCCAAGUCUAAAAAGAAGAAGGUGGUUAAAAAGAAGACCGAUGACCAUGACGAACUCAUCAAAAAGAUGCUGGAGCAGGAAAUUGAGAAGACGGAACUGGAGAAAUACGAAAAAAUUGAAUUUGAUGUUCCAAAGAAACUCAAACCAGAAUUCGCUGCUCUGGAACCAAUAAAAAUAGAGCGCAAGGAACAGAAGCCAACAAAGGUGACUAUUCUCGAUGCCAGUGAUGUUCCUAAAACCGUGAAGCUAAAACCAAGUAAACGUAAGGAGAAACCUGCCGAAGAACUGACCGUUCAACUUCCAAAGUUCAGACUUAAGGCCCGUAUGGUCUUUGUUGAAUACCCUCCGGCUCCCCUAAUUCCUAAAACUACUGAUAUUGGCGCCAUUAAGGACAAUGGAGAACUGUCUCGUAACAUAGAAGAGGCUGAGGAAGUUCUAAAGUUCAAACCGCAUAAGACUAAGAAAAUUAAAAAGAUCAAGGAUGAUUUAGAAAAGGUCGAGCUCGAAAAGUACGAAAAAUACAUUAGUAGCGAGGAAGAACCAGAGGAAAAGACUCCAUAUAAGAAACCAGAAAAGGCACCAAAACCAGAGGAAAAACCAGAGGAUGUGAAACUUAAGCUGGGCAAGGGUAAGAAAAAGCCAAAGGAGGAAGAAGCGCCCGAAAAUGUUACUCUCAAAAACAUUCCGCAAAAACCACAAGAAGUUGAAGAAGAAGUUGAACUUAAACAGAAACCAAAGGAGGUUGAUAUUGUUGAGGAACAAACAAAGGAACCCAAGGUAGGAGAGUUCGUUGUGCCGCCAUUUGAACCAUCUGAGUUUGAUCGUCCUGAAUAUGUACCCGAUGAACUUGAGCAGAUCGAACAUCCAGAGAUGCCCGAGAAAGUUAAGAAGCCGUCUAAGACUAAGUACAAGCCUAAAGAUAAAUCUAAGCCAGAGCCGGAAACCAUUGUAUCGGAGAUUGUUGCCGGAGUUCCAAAGGAAGAAGAGGCAAUUCCCGAACAGGAUGUUAAGUUCCGUAAGCCCGAGAGAGAUGCUCCACAAGAGACUGAUUCUGAAAUUAAGCUGCGGCAUAUACCUCAGGCUUCUAAGGAUGAAAAACCUGACGAACAAGCACUAGUAAAGCCUAAGGCAGAGGAGCCCAUUCCCCAAGAAAUCGAAGAUAAGGCCAUUGAUGACGAAAAGAAAGCGAAGAAAUCUAAGCCCAAAAAGGUGCAGCCGAAGGAGGAAGAGAUUACUAAGGAAGAGCCCCAAGAAUUUGAGGUAUCGGUGAAAGAGGAAGAAGCUAUAGUGGAUAAACCCGUUGAAACCGAAAAACCAAAAGAUGUUAAGGUGAAAGAGAAGAAACCCAAGGAAGCUCCUGUGUCCGAAGUAGUAGUUCUUGAAGAAGAGCCAAAACCAGAAGAAGUACCCGAGGAAAUACCUGUGGAGUACAAGAUAACAACUACAGUCUUGGAACCAGAGGAUGCACCAAAGGAACAUCAAGUGAAAGUCAUCGAUUUUGACGAGCGUCAAGAAACUACAGAGGAGGUAAUUGAAGAAAAGGUCGUGACGCGCAAGAAGAAACCAAAGCCGCAGCAACCUGAAGAGUUCGAGGUCACCUUAAAGGAGCCAAAAGAAGAACAAAUACGCCCGGAUGUAGUUUCAGCUGAAAUCUCGUUGCCAAUUGAGGAGCCCGAACGGAAGCCGGAACAGUAUGAGGUGGAACUUAAAAUAACUCAAACUACACCAGAAGAGCCCAAAGAUGUGGAAAUCGCAGUCAAGGAAAAGGUCAAGACCAAACCUGUUAAGGAAGUCAAGGAGGAUAAAAUUGUCGUGGUUGAGGCAGAAGAAGAGGAGCAACCAGUUGAGGAAACAAUCGUGGAGGUUGAAAAGCAGGAAGAAAAGAAGAAGUCAAAGAAACCAAAAUCCUACGAGUUCAAAAUUUCUGAAACGCAAUCUAUUGAAGAAAAACCAAUAGAAGUGGCUGAAGAAGCUCCUGAGGAAAAACCAAAGGUUGUAGAGAAAAAGGUUGCCGAGAAAUUAGAUUCCUACGAAUUUACUCUAAAAGAAACUGAUGAAGAAAAGGUAAUCACAGUUGACGACCAGCCCGAGGAUGAAGCCCCUGUAGAGGUUGUAUUCAAGAAAAAACCCAAGGAACCUGAAGCAGUUGAGGCCGAGUUUGUGAUGACUGAACCCAAGAUCGUGGAAGAAACGACCGUGGAAACUGCAAUCAAACAGAAAAAGACGAAAAAACCGAAGAAGAAUGAAGAGGAAGCUCAAUUAGCAAUCAAGGUUGUCGAAAGUGAAGCCCCGGUUGCCGAAGAAGUGUUCAAUGAAGCUCCUGAGAGUGUGAUUGUAGAAGAAGAAGUAAUUGCAGAAGAAAAGCCUAAGGAGUUCAGGAUUCGCGUUUCUGAAACAGAACGCAAGCCCGAGGAGCCAAGUGUCGAGCAGUUCACAGUUAAAAAACGCAAGCCUUCUGUUACUUUCGCCGACGAACCUGCUACUGAAAUCGUUAUUAAGGAAAGCAAGCCCGCUGAAGUUGUCACUGAAGACGCUCAUAUUAAGACCAAGAAGCCAAAGAAGAAGGUAAUGGAUGUGGAAGCUGAGGAGCUAAAGAUUAAGAUCACUGAGGAAGUUCCACAGGAAAUUCCCAUAGUGGAGGAGGUCUCGGAGAAAGAGGUGAUCAUUGAAACCAAGAAGACAGCCCCUGUUGUUGAAGAGAAGACAUACAAAAUUGGCAUCAAGGAAACGGAGCCGGAAAAACCUGCCGAGGUAAUUGUCGAGGAGGCGCCGGUGGUAACAGAGCCAAUUGAGGAAGAACCGAAACCAGAAGUCUUUGAGGAACACAAGGUUAGAGUGAUUGAGGAAACACCUCGGGAAUUGGUUGAGGAAGUCAUUGAGGAGGAGGUGAAGGUAAUUCGCAGAAAGAAGCCUAAGCCAGAAAUUAAGGAGGAACCCGAGGCGGAAGUUACUGUAUCUACUCCAAAGCCUGUCGAAGAAGUGGAAGCUACGGCCAGUAUUGCUGUUAUUCCAGAACAACCGACUGAGGAGGAUGCCGCUGAUCUCAAGAUAACAAUCAUUGAAGAAGAAACACCACCACAAGAACUAGUUCAGGAAAUUGAAGAAAUUGAAAUCGUUGAGGAACCAAAGGCCCCUGAAGAACAACCAACGGAUUUCACCUUCGUCACAAAGGAUUCCGAAAAGAAGCAGACUGUGGAAGAGCUGCCCGAGGAACAGGUUACGAUUCAAAAGAAGAAAAAGAAGGCGCCAGUACCAGAGGUAAUUGAAGAACCCGAAGCUGAGUUCGUGGUUAAACCGAAGACGCCUGUCCAAGAAGUUACUGAAGAAGCUAAGAUAACGAAGAAGACUAAGAAACCUGUAAAGGAAGAAGAGGCCGCGGCAGAGCUUAAAGUAACUAUCACUGAGGAAAUUCCCACUGAACCAGAAGUUCAAGAAAUUAUCGAGGAAAUCGAAGAGAUCGCGGAAGAAAAACCGGCAGAGUAUUUGAUCGAAGUUAAGGAAAGCCAACCAGAAGCUGUAGAAGAAAAGGAAGUUAGCUUACCGAAAAAGAAACUAAAGGCUCCAAUAGUUGAAGAGCCAGAAGCUGAAGUAACUUUGAAACCAAAGACAAAGGCGGAGGAAGUUCAGGAAGAAGCAAAGAUAGUAAAGAAAAAGCCAAAGAAAACCGCCGAAGUUGCAGUAGCCGACGAGCUUACGGUCAAGGUUGAAGAAGAGGUUGUCCCAGAGCCGAUUGUAGAAGAAGAAGUGGUAGAAGAAAUCCAAAUUAAAAAGAAACCAAAAGAGCCGGAGCCAGAGGACAGUGUCGAUACUGCGGUUGUGAAACUAAAGAAAUCUGAGCCAGUAGAUGCUGAUGAUGUUGUGGCUGAAGUUACCCUUAAGCCAAAGGCCAAAAAGGAGGUUACUGAGGAAGAAUUUUCUGUUGAUGUUAAGCUGCCAAAGGAAAAGAAGAUUACAGAGGAAACUUCAGACCAAACUGUACAGCUCAAGAAAAAGAAGAAGCCGCAGAAGCCGGUGGAAGAGGCUGCGGACGAGCUUAAGCUACAGCAAACUGUUGUCGAGGAAAGACCUGUGGAAAUUGAAGAAGAAGAGAUCGUUGAAGAAGCCAUCGUCGUUCGCAAAAAGCCAAAGAAGCCCUUCGAGCCGACUGUUGAAGAUCUCGAAGAAACAGAAUUCAGUCUCUCUUUCAAGAAGCCCCAUACAAUUAAUGAGGGCGUGGAGGAGGCCGCCACAGUUCUUAAAAAACGACCAGUCAAGCCCACUACUCUGGAUGAAGCUGCAGCUGAACUUUCUAUUAAGCGUCAGGAAGAAGAAUACGAAGAGGGCGAGGAUAUCGAAGAGUUCGUCGUCAGUCAGCAAAGAAAGCCAAAGCCUUUGCAAAUCACGGAAGAGGAUGAGCAGGCCUACACAGUGAAGAAACUAAAGCGUCGAAAGCAAGUAGACAUUCCCGAAUACGCAGACGUUGAGAACGUCACAUUCCGUGCGAGAAGUACCAAGACCAAGGAAGAUGUCGAUCAGGAGUUCAACAUUGCCCUGGACUCGUACGCUGAGGAGGAAAUUUCCAUGUCUGGAAAGGUGAAGUUAAAGAAGCCUAUCAAGAAGACCUUCUCUGAGGCAGCCGAUGAAGCCAAGAUCAAGAUCAUUCAGGACUACGACGAUGGUGAAGAACCCAUUAUCGAAGAAAUUCGAGACGAUGAGGAUACCAUCGAUGAAGUCGAGGAACCAGAAGAGUACUUUGUUGAGGAAUUGCCACCAGACGAAGUAGAUUUCAAGCUUAAGCCAAAGAAGCAGCCCAAGCCAGCCUAUUCUAUUCAAGAUGAAGAGGAGGAACAAUUCCUGAUUGGCAUUCGUCAUCCCAAACGCGAUUCGGUUACAUACGACGAGGACUCUCUUACCUUUAAAAAGAAGCGUAAGGUUGUGCAACAACUUUUCAAUGAAGAUGGAGCUUCUCUUAAUAUUACCAGAGAAAUGAAUGUUGAAGAAUCUGAGAAUCUCAACGUUAUGUACUCUAUCUGCAACUAUAUUGCCGACAACAAUGAGGCCAUAAACCUAGUCGAGGGUGAGAAGGUGACGGUCGUUGGGCGUCACAGCUCUGAGUGGUGGUACGUCAAGAAAAGCACUACGGAAGAGGAAGGAUGGGUUCCAGCUCAAUAUCUGAUGGAGCCCGAGGAAUACGCGCAGUAUGUGCAAAACAAGCUGCACGAGAAAAUCGAUAAGCUGCCCGUAUUUGAACGUCCUGGACCAGAAGACAAGCCCAUUGCCCCAAGAUUUAUUGAGAAACUACAGCCGAUUCAUACUCCUGACGGCUACACGGUGCAGUUCGAGUGUAAGGUUGAGGGCAAUCCACGACCACAGAUUGCCUGGUUCCGCGAAACUGCUAUUAUCAAGCCCUCCCAAGACUUCCAAAUGUUCUAUGAUGAUGACAAUGUUGCAACCUUGAUCAUUCGCGAGGUUUUCCCCGAGGAUGCCGGUCAAUUCACAGUUGUAGCAAAGAAUGCUGCUGGAUUCACUUCCAGCACAACGGAACUGAUUGUAGAAAGUCCACUAUCUGAUCACGGCUCUGACGCCACAGCCCUUUCACGACGCAGCAUGUCUCGUGAAUCCUCGCUGGCUGACAUUUUGGAGGGCAUUCCGCCAACAUUCUCCAAGAAACCCAAGGCUCAAUAUGUGGACGAGAAUACAAAUGUGAUUCUUGAGUGCCGGCUGGUGGCCGUGCCUGAACCCGAUAUUGUCUGGACCUUUAAUGGCGAAGACAUUGACGACGAAGAGAUUAAAAACGUUCGCAUUGUUACCGAAUCCGACAUGCACAUGUACUGCAGUGUGGUGCACAUCUCUAAGGUGAAGAAAUCGCAAGAAGGUACCUACGAGGUUAUUGCAACAAAUCGCGAGGGCGAGGCACGUCUGCCUAUCACCCUCAAGGUUCGCACCACCGACAAGGAGGCGCCGCAAAUUCUGGAGCCCUUGCGCAACAUGGUUAUACGUGAAGGCGAGAGUGUCGUACUAUCUACGCAAAUUGUGGGUAAUCCGCCGCCAAAGGUAACUUGGUAUAAGGAUGGCAAGCCCGUUAAGAACGCCAAAUCCGACAAGGAUUUGCAUACCCUAACACUUAUAACACCACAAAAGUCUGAGAAGGGUGAAUACACGGUAAAGGCUGUAAACCCCUUGGGUAGCGUGGAGACCACUGCUAAUCUAACCAUUGAAGAGCCUGCUGGCGGUAAUGCUGAGCCACCACUUUUCGUGGAACGGUUUGAGGAGCAGAAUGUUCCGCAAAAGGGCGAAAUUCGCUUGCCAGCCAAGGUUUCCGGUAACCCGGUGCCUGAGGUUCAAUGGCUCUUUAACAACACACCAUUGUUCCCCAGCGAGCGCAUCCAGCAGGUUUACGAUGGCGAGAACAUCGAGCUUAUCAUCAAGGAUGCCAAUCCAGAAACCGAUUCGGGAGACUACAAAUGUAUUGCAAGUAAUCCCAUAGGUAAAACUUCGCACGGUGCCCGUGUGAUUGUCGAGGUCGAUGAAGUGACGUUUACAAAGAAGCUUAAGAAGACCAUCACCAUUGAAGAGGUGCAAUCUCUCACCCUGGAGUGCGAGACCUCCCACGUAGUUACCACCAAGUGGUUCUUUAAUGGCAAGGAACUUAGCGGAAUGGAUCAUCGCGUCGUGGUUGAGGAUGGCAAGACUCACAAGUUGGUGAUCAGAAACACGAAUCUACGUGACUCUGGAACCUAUACGUGCAAGGUUAAAAAGCAAGAAACUCAAUCGACUGUCGAGGUGUUGCAACGUAAGCCGGACUUUAUCAAGGUUCUGGAGGAUUACGAGGUAACCGAAAAAGAUACCGCCAUUUUGGAUGUGGAGCUUACUACCGAGGCGACUGAAGUCACUUGGUACAAGGACGGCGAGAAAAUCACACAAGAAAACAAGAACGUCGAGUUCAUCAAGGAUGGAAAGGCUCGCCGACUGGUUAUCCGCGAUGCCACCAUCCACGACGAGGGUCAGUACACAUGCAAGAUCGAGGGACAGGAGUGUAGCUGUGAGCUAGUUGUAAUCGAGCUACCACCUGAAAUCGUGGAGCCACUGAAUGACGUUGCAGUGACCAAGGGCGAGAAUGCUGUUUUCGAGGUUGAACUUAGCAAGGGCGAUGCCCUAGUCAAAUGGUUCAAGAACGGCAAGGAAAUUGUGUUCAAUGAGCGUAUUCAACUGGCCAUCGAUGGUAAGAAACAAUCCUUGCGCAUUGUCAAAGCCAAGCCCGAAGAUGUGGGUGAAUACUCCGUUCAGGUGGGCGAGCAGACAUCAAAGGCAAAGUUGACAGUAGAGGAGCCUCUCGUAGACUUCGUCAUCCGCCUGCCGGAUAUCACGCUUGCCACCAAGACAACGGAUGCCGAGUUCACGGUGCAGUUAUCACAGCCCGAUAUCGAGGUGACAUGGUGCAAGAAGGGCAAGCCAAUCAAGCCCAACCAGAAGCACGAGGUAUUCGUUGAGGGCACUGUCCGACGACUGGUCAUCCACGAUGCUAGCGACGAAGAUGCCGGUGAGAUCAGCUGCGUUGCAGAGAACGUUACAAGCAGCACUAAGCUGUGCGUCGAGGAGCUCAAGCUGCCACCCGUCAUUACCUCUGACAAGGAUCAGACCAUCAAGGUUAAGGAGAACGACGACGUAACCUUCUCUGUCAAGUACACAGGCGUACCAACGCCUGAGGCCUGUUGGACCACGCGCAAGGUUGUCGUACCCAAGUCAAAGCGGACAAUCCCGACCAUCGAUGAGCAGUCAGCCACGCUAACCAUCAAAAAGGUUGUUGACGAUGACGAGGGCGAAUACACCGUCAAGCUUGUCAACCCGGUUGGCGAGGCGGAGGCCAGCCUCCAUUUGGUCAUAAUGCGCAAGCCAACGGCACCUGGCACACCCCAACCCCUUGAGAUAAUGCAUGACUCUAUAACGCUCUACUGGAAGGCGCCAGAGGAUGAUGGCAAGUCGGAGAUUAUUGAGUACAUUCUAGAGUAUCACGAUGUUAAGGAAGAAAAAUGGACUGAAAUUAGAAAGAUCAAGGACACCACGUAUACCAUAAGCAAGCUGAAGAUCGACACGGAGUACGUCUUCCGUUCGAUUGCCGUAAACGAAGUGGGCCCAUCCCCGCCCUCGCCGCUAUCGCCACCCAUCCGACUGGUGCCCAAGGUUGAGACCAAGGCGCCCAGCGUACAAGAACCUCUACAGGAUGUGGUUAGCGAACUGGACAAGGAGGUGACUCUGUCCUGCGUGUUCGGCGGCAUUCCAGAGCCAAAGGUGACGUGGAAGAAGAACGGUCAGGUGUUCGAAUCGAGCAGCAUACGCUACGAAAAUCGCGUGGCCAAGUACACCAUUGAAAAGACAACCAUUGAGACUGAAGCCACCUACACGUGCGUGGCGACCAAUGAGAAGGGCUCCGCGGAGACCUCGUGUCGCCUAAAACUGCAGCAGAAACCGGUCCUCGAGGUGGAGGACAAGUACUUGACGCAGAAACUGCGCACGGGCAGCACUCUCACCAUUCCAGCGACGGUCCGCGGCUAUCCACAGCCCACUGUGACCUGGCACAAGGAGACGAUCGAGCAGAAGACCACCAAGUCGGUAACCAUUGAGACCACGGAGACCACUUCCACCUACACGGUAAAGAAGGUGACCCGCGAACAAUCCGGCAAGUACAAGGUGACCGCCACCAAUGAGUCGGGCACUACGUACGUAGAGUGCACUGUUCAGGUGAUCGAUAAACCCAGCAGACCCCAAUCUCUGGAGAUCAAGGACAUUAAAAAGGACUCCAUUGUCCUAGAGUGGACCCCACCAGUCGAUGAUGGAGGUCUGGAUAUUGAAAAGUAUACGCUGGAGAAGUGCGACGUUCAAAACAAUGUUUGGAUGAAGGUGUCCGACUUUAACAAAGACAUUAAAUCGUAUGCUGUUCAGAAACUGUCGAUGAACGCGCAAUACAUGUUCCGUGUGGUGGCCGCUAAUCCCAUUGGCGAGUCUGAGCCAACGGAAAGUGAUCCAGUUACUAUAACGAAAAAAUUCGAAAAACCAUCGCCUCCUCGUGGUCCUACCACAGUGUCGGGCAUGAACGACACCUCCUUCAAUUUGGCUUGGGAGCCAUCGGAGACCGACGGCGGUUCAAAGAUCAUAGAGUAUAUUGUGGAGAUAAGGGAAGAGACUGAAACCACCUAUCGAUCGGUGGGCGUAACCCUGGGCACUGUGACCAACAUCCACGUAAAGAAGGUUGUCAGGAACAAGGGCUACUUCUUCCGCAUAUAUGCGAGAAACGAGGUUGGCACCAGCGAGGCGUUUGAGACCACGGAGAAGAUUGUCAUGGGCCGCAAAAUUACUAACGAUAAUGAAGCCUUAGCGCCGCCAUCGCCACCUCAAAACUUGAGGGCCCCAGAUGUCACCAGCCGAAGUGUUACAUUGGAUUGGGAGGUGCCAGCUCGCAACGGCGGAUCAGAGAUCACGGGCUAUUGCGUGGAGAAACGUUCCUCAACAUCUACAAACUGGACAAAGGUUAUUACACUGGAUGCUCACCAGCUGCACUACACGAUUGACAAUCUGAAAGAGAAGUGCGAGUACUGGUUCCGUGUGUCAGCGGAGAAUGAGGUUGGAUUAGGUGCACCAGCCGUCACCGAGAGCAUAUCGCUCAAGACACAUGCUACCGUACCCUCACCACCCACCGGCCCACUGGAGGCGCGCGUUCUCGCCGCCAAUGCCCACAUAUUCGAAUGGGGUUUACCCGAGUCAGAUGGAGGUGCGCCUCUGCUCGGCUACCACAUUGCUAUACGUGACAUGAAGAAGACCAUGUGGAUCGAGGUGGGUCGUGUGCCAGCUGGCGUGCAGAAGUUCCAGAUCAGAGACCUGCAGGAGAACCACGAGUACAUGAUUCGCAUAUUCGCGAAGAACGAGAUUGGUCUGAGUGAACCUCUGGAAUCGGAGGAGCCCUACAAGGCUAUGACUGCUGGUCAUGAGAGCCUGCCGGACGAGCCACGCACGGAGAUGAGUUCGUGCAACACCUCCUCGUGGCUGCGUGACCACCACAUGGAUGCGGAUAUCCAUUCGUAUGCCCGCGGCAGGCUGCUUCAACGCGAUGAGUACUUCUUCCGGUUGUGGGCGGAACUGCCCAAGAGCAAAAAGAAGAAGAGCUCCAAAUAGUCGGUGAACGACAACGAAAUAAGAAACACUUUAGUCGUAGGUUAAGCGUAUUUCAAUUGUAUUUUAUAUAACAACAACGCAACGGGGAGAGCCCCCUUGAUUUUCUAGCUUUUUGUACUUUAGUAGAGAUGACGAAUGUGAGGAUGGUGUAAUGUAAUGUGGCAUCCCAUUGAUAGCGAUGCCCACGACCCCCGAUCAAAGAGUGCGAGCGAAGAAUAAACUUAAUGCUCGGGUGCGUGGGCGUGGCUCAAUGCAUCUGGAUGGCCAUUACGCCAUCCAAUUAACGGACAUAAUUUUAGAUUUUUCAUUUGCAUAGAGUUCAUUUUUGGUUUUAUAUUGUUUUACUUGUGCCUUAUUUUUGUAAGCUGUGAUAAAUCUAUCAAAAUCGAAAGCGUCAAACGAAGCAACAAAACACUAAACUGAAUAAAAAUGCCACCGAGCGCCAAUCCAUCGGCAUCGGGCAACGGGAGCCAACGAGCCACAGCCCUCCAAGUCCCAAUGCCAUCCCCAUCCCAGGCAGCGUAACUCAAUAUCCUCUCGGGAGACAAAACAACAAAUGGUGCAAUUCGAUAUGAGUUAUUCCUGGGGAGUGUGCUGCGAGUCGCUGGCUGCCGUUGCCUUUGUCCUGGAUCCGCCUUGGUUUAAAUUUAUGGCAUAGGAAUAUGAGAGAGUAUAUACUCGUGUGUCUUUAAAGUUACCAGAGCUAAAUAAAUAAAAUGUAUAAAA